GAGAUCUCUCAUGAAGAUGUUUCCACAAUCAGGGAAAUCGAUUAUCUUCGACACCUUUCCUGAUCCGACAGAUACCUGGGAGAUCAUCGAGACCAUCGGGAAAGGAACUUAUGGCAAAGUCUACAAAGUGCUCAACAAGAUCGAUGGCAGCAAAGCGGCUGUCAAGAUACUGGACCCCAUCCAUGUGAGUGAUGUUUCCUUACUUAGGUUCUGAAGUAUUUGUGUCUGCAUGUUGAGGUGCAUGCUUUUGAAAUGAGCAUGUUGUGGUUUGGUAUUUAAAGCCGGCCAAUACUGGGAAUGUCCUUUCAUGCCAUGCAGGUGUUGUGGUUACUAUAUAUUAGUGUGACUGGCCGGUAGUAGCCUUUGGUAUGUUUAUGGUCCUGGGGAGCCACAGUGAGGACACAUCACAUUACCUGUAGCCCCAGACCUGUCAUGUGGGGAGUUUCAGGGAGCUUCAGGCCCUUGGCUACCAUCCAUGAUGAAUAGAAAUGACAAAUUAGUCAGGCACGUGGUUUUCGGACAUGUGAAGUUUCACAUGGAAUUUCCCGUUUAUUUUUCACACAUUAGAAAAAUGUCACAUGUGAGGAAAAUGAAUGACACAUUUUCGGACACGUGUGAAGUUUCACAUAGAUUUUUUCACAUGACUCAGACACAUGGUUUCUCAACAUUUCACAUGUGCUAUUCUAAGUUUCACAUGUGUGCUUUUGUAACCGGCGGUAUUGGAACCUGUGUCUCCCACAGGAGAAGCCAAUGUCUUGACUAUUAGACCAAGAGGGCCAACACUGGGUUUCACUUCCAAUGUAUAGUUAUUAUCAAUUUCUCUCAAUCUCAGAAUAUUGACUGUUCAAUAGGGCUGUCAAAUGACAAAACAUGUAAAUUAGUUAAUCGCAAGUUUUGCUGUGAUUAAUUACGAUUAAUAACAAAUUCUGAAUUUGCUCAGAUAGAGCUGUCGUUUGAGCUUUUUUAUAUAAAGAAUAUUGACGUCUUGAUUUUGUCCAAAGUAACAGUUAGCAAAAUCAGGUAAAUUGAUAAAGCUCACUUUCUUUAACCUCAAGGUAAAUUUGUUUUGACAUCGCAUUGUUGUUUUAAGCUGUACUGUAUAGAUCAUGUAUUUUGAAUGCUUUCAGACCAUGUGAUUAAUCACAAUUUUAAAAAAUUGUGCCUGAUUAACUCUGACAGCCCUAAUUAAAAAUAAACUCUUUGUAGAAAAUUAUAUUUUUACAUCCAUUCCAAUAGCAAACACAUUCACACAAUUUCAGAUACAUUAAAAUCCCUUUUAAGCCUGUGUAUUAAAUGUAACAAAAACCAAUGGACAGCUAACAAUAACAGAAGCUAACAAAAAUAGCUAGCUAGCGGUUAGCAAUUAGCAUGCAACCGUUAUAUACAAAUUUCAUAAAAAGUUACAUUCUAAAAUACAUAUAAUUAGCGUGGUUCAUAUGUACACAUGUAAAUACACUCAAUAUGAGCCCUUGUUUGUAAAAAUAUAUAUAUAUACAGUGGGGAGAACAAGUAUUUGAUACACUGCCGAUUUUGCAGGUUUUCCUACUUACAAAGCAUGUAGAGAUCUGUAAUUUUUAUCAUAGGUACACUUCAACUGUGAGAGACGGAAUCUAAAACAAAAAUCCAGAAAAUCACAUUGUAUGAUUUUUAAGUAAUUAAUUUGCAUUUUAUUGCAUGACAUAAGUAUUUGAUACAUCAGAAAAGCAGAACUUAAUAUUUGGUACAGAAACCUUUGUUUGCAAUUACAGAGAUCAUACGUUUCCUGUAGGUCUUGACCAGGUUUGCACACACUGCAGCAGGGAUUUUGGCCCACUCCUCCAUACAGACCUUCUCCAGAUCCUUCAGGUUUCGGGGCUGUCGCUGGGCAAUACGGACUUUCAGCUCCCUCCAAAGAUUUUCUAUUGGGUUCAGGUCUGGAGACUGGCUAGGCCACUCCAGGACCUUGAGAUGCUUCUUACGGAGCCACUCCUUAGUUGCCCUGGCUGUGUGUUUCGGGUCGUUGUCAUGCUGGAAGACCAAGCCACGACCCAUCUUCAAUGCUCUUACUGAGGGAAGGAGGUUGUUGGCCAAGAUCUCGCGAUACAUGGCCCCAUCCAUCCUCCCCUCAAUAUGGUGCAGUCGUCCUGUCCCCUUUGCAGAAAAGCAUCCCCAAAGAAUGAUGUUUCCACCUCCAUGCUUCACGGUUGGGAUGGUGUUCUUGGGGUUGUACUCAUCCUUCUUCUUCCUCCAAACACGGCGAGUGGAGUUUAGACCAAAAAGCUCUAUUUUUGUCUCAUCCGAUCACCUGACCUUCUCCCAUUCCUCCUCUGGAUUAUCCAGAUGGUCAUUGGCAAACUUCAGACGGGCCUGGACAUGCGCUGGCUUGAGCAGGGGGACCUUGCGUGCGCUGCAGGAUUUUAAUCCAUGAUGGCGUAGUGUGUUACUAAUGGUUUUCUUUGAGACUGUGGUCCCAGCUCUCUUCAGGUCAUUGACCAGGUCCUGCCGUGUAGUUUUCCUCUGUAGCUCAAUUGGUAGAGCAUGGCGCUUGUAAUGCCAGGGUAGUGGGUUCGAUCCCCGGGACCACCCAUAUGUAAAAAUGUAUGCACAUGAAUGUAAGUCGCUUUGGAUAAAAGCGUCUGCUAAAUGGCUUAUUAUUAUUAUUAUUAUAGUUCUGGGCUGAUCCCUCACCUUCCUCAUGAUCAUUGAUGCCCCACAAGGUGAGAUCUUGCAUGGAGCCCCAGACCGAGGGUGAUUGACCGUCAUCUUGAACUUCUUCCAUUUUCUAAUAAUUGCGCCAACAGUUGUUCCCUUCUCACCAAGCUGCUUGCCUAUUGUCCUGUAGCCCAUCCCAGCCUUGUGCAGGUCUACAAUUUUAUCCCUGAUGUCCUUACACAGCUCUCUGGUCUUGGCCAUUGUGGAGAGGUUGGAGUCUGUUUGAUUGAGUGUGUGGACAGGUGUCUUUUAUACAGGUAACAAGUUCAUACAGGUGCAGUUAACACAGGUAAUGAGUGGAGAACAGGAGGGCUUCUCUGUAGCUCAAUUGGUAGAGCAUGGCGCUUGUAAUGCCAGGGUAGUGGGUUCGAUCCCCGGGACCACCCAUACGUAAAAAUGUAUGCACACAUGACUGUAAGUCGCUUUGGAUAAAAGCGUCUGCUAAAUGGCAUAUUAUUAUUAAAGAAAAACUAACAGGUCCGUGAGAGCCGGAAUUCUUACUGGUUGGUAGGUGAUCAAAUACGUAUGUCAUGCAAUAAAAUGCAAAUUAAUUACUUAAAAAUCAUACAAUGUGAUUUUCUGGAUUUUUGUUUUAGAUUCCGUCUCUCACAGUUGAAGUGUAUCUAUGAUAAAAAUUACAGACCUCUACAUGCUUUGUGAGUAGGAAAACCUGCAAAAUCGGCAGUGUAUCAAAUACUUGUUCUCCCCACUAUCUAAGAGCCAAAACAUUUAUAACGGAAAUAAAAAAUCCUCAGAAACGCCAUCUUGUUCUCAUUGACUUGCAUACAAAAGUAGACUAGCUAGCUAGCUUCUUAGCUUGGCUACACUCAUGAAAAUCGGAUAAUCGCACUUGUUUUUCACUCGGUCAAAACAAUUAAAUUAUACAUAAAAAAGACCAGAAAACUCAACACAGUUUAGUUAAACAGGUAAUCUCUAGAUUUAGAAAAUGUAUCCAUGUGUACAAACUUGAAAACAGGAUAAAAAGCGCUAGAUAUGGAGAGCUAGCUUCGCUGUUCUUUUCACUGGACUUCUUCCAAUGGUCACGUACCAACGUACGAAUAAGAAACACUACAAAUGCCUCUCCCUUGUGGUAGCGCAUAGUAUACAUGUACUGUAUAUCAAUGCAACACCAUGGAGGACUACAAUAAAAAUGGAGUGGAUGGCUCAGGAAUAAGAAAUCAUACUUUUUUACGCACUUGAAUUGUUAUACUCAGGUAGGAAACAUUGCUACUGCAAUAUGUUAACACUACCUUUUCACAUGUGAGGAGAAUAACAUUAUUUCACCCCCAUAUGUUUAUUUAUUUAUUUAUUUAUUUAUUUAUUUAUUUUUUUUUUCUUCACCUUUAUUUAACCAGGUAAGCCAGUUGAGAACAGGUUCUCAUUUACAACUGCGACCUGGCCAAGAUAAAGCAUAGUAGUGCAAUAAAACAACAACACAGAGUUACAUAUGGGGUAAAAAACAUAAAGUCAGAAAUACAACAGAAAAUAUAUAUACAGUGUGUGCAAAUGUAGCAAGUUAUGGAGGUAAGGCAAUAAAUAGGCUAUAGUGCAGAAUAAUUACAAUAGUAUUAACACUGGAAUGCUAGAUGUGCAAGAGAUUAUGUGCAAAUAGAGAUACUGGGGUGCAAAUGAGCAAAAUAAAUAACAAUAUAGGGAUGAGGUAGUUGGGUGGGCUAAUUUCAGAUGGGCUGUGUACAGGUGCAGUGAUCGGUAAGGUGCUCUGACAACUGAUGCUUAAAGUUAUUGAGGGAGAUAAGAGUCUCCAGCUUCAGAGAUUUUUGCAAUUAAGAGUUUUCUUACAUUUGAAACUGCAAAUGUGAUUUUCACAUGUGAUUGUUUUUCACGUGAACAUGCAAUUUCACAUGUGAAACUGCAAUUCACGUGAGGUGAAAACAUGUUAUUCUCCUCACAUGAGAAAAGGUGGUGUUAACAUGUGAACUCUAAAUUUAAUACAUGUGAAAAUAUGGUUUCAUGUGAAAUUUAAGCUCAACAUGUGAAAACAGACAUUUCAAAUGUGAAAAUGCGAUUUUCACAUGUUAAACUGCAAAUGUCUCGUUUUUUUUGUAAGGGCCGGGUCUAUCUCACUGGCUUCUGCUCUCCUCUGAGGCUCCGUCUUCUCUUUGGUCACACUCCAUCUUUUCUCUCUUUCUUUAUUUCCUAUUCUCUAUCAUUUUACAUUUACGUCAUUUAGCAGACGCUCUUAUCCAGAGCGACUUACAGUUAGUGAAUACAUAUUUUUUUAUACUGGCCCCCCGUGGGAAUCGAACCCACAACCCUGGCGUUGCAAACGCCAUGUUCUAUCAACUGAGCUACAUCCCUGACAGCCAUUCCCUCCCCUACCCUGGACGACGCUGGGUCAAUUGUGCGCCGCCCAUGAGUCUCCCGGUCGCGGCCGGCUGCGACAGAGCCUGGAUUCGAACCAGGAUCUCUAGUGGCACAGUUAGCACUGCGAUGCAGCGCCUUAGACCACUGCGCCACUCAGGAGACUAUGUCUCUCUCUCUCGGUCAGUCUUCUGUCUCCACUGCAGACUUCCCCAACCUCCUCAUUAAAAUUGUUAUUUCUCUUUCUUUCUCUUUAUCAAUUUAUAUAUUUUAUCUAUCUCCAUCUCUCUCUCUCUGUAAAGCUUAAUAUCAGCCUCCCUUUAUUUUGUUAACAACACAAAGUCUGGCUCUCGGGUCUCGGCACACACUGCAAUUUUUAUUCACUAAGCAUCAUCUGUAGAUUCACCUAGAAUGUCCUUUCAAGGCCCUACAAUUACAUGAAAGAGGGAAAUGUUUCAUUGUCCAUUCACAAAACAUAUUUUUUAUUACUGAUCUAGAGAAAAUACACGUUUGAAAUUAACGUGGUUGCAAUGGCUAUAAAAUUGAACUAACAUUUUCUUCCUCUCACUCGGUUUUGAGAAAUGAAAUCUGGUGAGAUGCUGAAAAAUAUGACACAAACAGCACAUUGCUAUGUUGAGAUGAAAGAACAAAAUAUCAACUACAAUAGCUACUUGACUGUAAUAGGUUUUUAUUAUUGGCCCUGGAGCUCAGUAAGCACUUGACUUUAAACAUGAAGUGUUUACAAUUCCUAACAAUGGUUUCUUUCAAAAGAAGAUACUCAAAGCUAUACGUGGACAAGGUUUAAUUAGAUUAUGCAACUCUUGUUUUGUUCAUUCGCUUUUCCAGGUAAAAUAGAAAAUGGCACUAUUAAGUGAAAGCGUAAUGAACAGUUAUUUUUAUCCAUUAAAUUCUAGCAUCAUCUUAAUAACUGUCUCAUUAGUCUGUAGAGAGUUUGUUACUGUUUUUCAUUAUCGAAGAAUAAUUAUCUAUAGACCGUUCUCUGAGAGGAGCAUCAUUUUAAUCAAUCGGUUGAUUGGUUCCUGCAGAGAACACCUGCAUGCAGUCACAUUGGAAUCUCAAGCUGGUUGCUAACAUUGACCCCCACACACAGUACAUGUACAAUAUCACUCAUUAAAAAUGAUCUGAUUCGUAAGCAUUGAGAUUACACUUUAGUAACCACUCCCCUUAAAGCUGUUGGCUCCGUUAUGACUGUUUAAUUCCUCUUUGUGAUGCGAGCAUGUAUUGUGAUUUGGCAUAUGUUUCAAUACAGAACAUGACAAAACAAUUUAUCAUCACAUUUGGCUGCAGAACGCCAAAUUGUUACAGAUAGGUAAUUGAGGAUUCAUGGCAAAUCUUCUGUCAUUUUAGAAUGUUGACCCAUGUUGGUUAUUGUUUUCCAGGAUAUCGAUGAGGAGAUUGAAGCAGAAUACAAUAUCCUCAAGGCUCUCUCUGACCACUCCAAUGUGGUCAAAUUCUUUGGGAUGUACUACCAGAAGGAUGUCAAAAACGGGGACCAGUUGUGGCUAGUUCUUGAGGUAAAGCCUACAAUGUUUUUUGCUGUACAUCAAUGUGGACAGAAUGGCUAACUAUUUACAUUGACAUUUUAGUCAUUUAGAAGACGCUCUUAUCCAGAGCGACUUACAGGAGCAAUUAGGGUUAAGUGCCUUGGUCAAUGACAGAUUUUUUCAGCUAGUCGGCUCUAUACGCAGUAGACAGCACAGUGGUGAAGGUGGGGACAAGGUAUUAUGUAACAGUAUAAGCCCCAGCAGGAGGUCUGGACGUACAGCUUUCCCAUAGAAGGCCAUAUGGGCUCUGGUAUCAUUGGCUCAACCUGUGCCGUGCUGAGAGAAGCAGAGGGGGGAUUUAUAUUACCUGGUCCGUCUCCGUCUCCACGAAUCAGCGUGGACUCCUGAUUUAGCUCUUGUCUGGCUGAGCGCAGUCUAUUUUGGGUGUCCAGGGGCUGUUGUCACAACUGCAAAUAUACGUUUAAUACCCUUUUCAUACUACCCUGCAAACGCCAACAUAUUGUCUGGCUCAGGUAUUUUGUUUUCACAUUGUCCUUUCCAGCACAGUUCAAGCAACUUAUGGUGGAUUCGUAACCAGUUUAGCUCAGCUCGGCUUAGUAGUGUUAAAAGGGUAUAGGUGUCAUGAAUGCUGGCCGUCAAGGGCCACAGUAUUUGCUGUUCUUCUCAAGUCAAUGGUUUGAAUGAUCAAUUAAUACAGUUUAUUGACCAGAGUUGUUGAUUGAAAGGUAUGGAUGAAAACCAGAAAGCAUAACUGCUCUGGAAGAACUGAGUUGGGGUUACCUUCUGUAGAAGCCCCAUCAUUGGAAGCCCAUGUUCAAUAAUGGUGUGAUUAAGACUCAACCUCAGGUAAAAGAUUUAGCUGAGCAAUGUGCGUUAAGAUUAUAGCAAGUAUCCCCAGGUGACCCUUUUAUACAAUGCACAUAAACAUGAACAUUAAAAGAUCAACAUGCAUAAAUAUUGUUCAAACUUAAGCAUUUGUUGUUACAGUUUAGUAGUGAGUUUUUAGGGGAAUACAAAGGCACAAUGUCAGCAGUCCAGUAAACUUGUCAAUGUUACUUAUUGUUCUACUGUAAGUACAGUGUAAUGCCUCUAUUAAAAAGGAUUUCCUAAUUUCAACAUGUCAAGUCAAGCACAGUAUUUGGCUGGCUCAAGAGGAAGAAUAACUGCAGUGAAGUCGGAGACUUUUGCCUGGCUGCUUUUUAUUCAUACAAUGAAAAACAACCUGAUCCAUCUGAACGUACUGACUGUGAAUUUCAUGACUCAAUUUGAAAAUGGUGGUAUUUGAGAGAAAAAUUCAAGGGGGCCUUGUUGUUGUUAUGAUUGAGAGAGGCAGUGUGGCUCGUAGCUCUGCAUUCUUCAUAUUUAAUUUCCCACAGAAGCCCUUUGAACAGCCCAAAUACACGUGUAAUGGAGGUCAACCUGCGUCUGAGGAAAGUGUUAGCGAGGUCUGACGCACCACUAGCUGAGCUUUGUGCUGUCUGAAAAACAUUUUUACAUUUUUGUCAUUUAGCAGACGCUCUUAUCCAGAGCGACUUAAAGUUAGUGAAUACAUGUUUUUGUUAUUAUUUUUUUUAUACUGGCCCCCCAUGGGAAUCGAACCCACAACCCUGGCGUUGCAAACGCCAUGCUCUAUCAACUGAGCUACAUCCCUGCCGGCCAUUCCCUCCCCUACCCUGGACGACUCUGGGCCAAUUGUGCGCCGCCCAUGAGUCUCCCGGUCGUGGCCGGCUGCGACAGAGCCUUAGACCACUGCGCCACUCAGGAGCUGUGAAGAUCGAGAGAGAUUGUUUCAAAUAUAAUAUGAAUGGCUGGUAAUAAUGGUCAGCUUGCCCAAGAGGCUCUGGUGGGAAAGCUCACAGCGCCAAAAGUCACACCUGCUGUCUGUGUUAGAUGUUCAGAUUCCAGUUGUGUGUUUGUUUGUGUGUAAUAGCAUAAUAUCUUUGUAUGUAGGCAUAGGUGUAGGAUAUGUUACCAAACAGUGUUUGCCAGUGUAAGUGUGUGUGUGUGCGUGUUUGAGUUCUGUGAGUGUGAAUGUGAAUGUGCACGUGAUUGUGUGUGCACGUUUGUGUUUGUGUGUACCCAGCAUUUGUUUGUGAGCCCCUAUCACAGAAUGCAGGACAAGCAACCUCUCUGCUGUGCCUCAGGGAAGGUUAUUUAACUUAACUGAUGUUGUCCUCCAUGCCACUGUCUUCUGUGUGAUGCUUUAGACUGUUUCCAUUACCCGUAGCCUCUUUUACAAGUCUGUAAUCUAAGGUAAAGUAGCCAAGCUUGAACAAAGCUCACACAUUUCUGUUAUCCAUGCUCAGAGGGCUUGAACAUUAUCAUCUAUCCCCUCUCUGUGUAAUGCUAGCCCAGUAGAUCGUUUUCACAUUGCCAGUUUAUGUUUCUGUCUGGCUCUCCUCAGUUUCCUUCUCGGUGGAAGGGUCGUUUAAUCACCUGUCUGACUUUAGAUGUCAGGCUCCUCUCUGAAUGAAAGUCGUACUUCAAUCCAAUAAUGUUACCAGCAGGAGGACAGGGGUUUUCUGUUAGCAUAAUCAGCAAAUGCAUACUCUGAAUACAAUGUUACCACAACAUUCAGACUUUCAAAGCAUACCAAUCAAGGACCGCAGUCUUAGUUUGAAUAAAUCCUAUUCUGUCACAAGGCCAGUGUUGAUAUGUACCAAUUGUGCCUUUGUUUUAAGUCCUCGCUAGGGCUCCCUGAGGUAUUUCAGUGGAACACAAUUACCACGAGUUAGAAAAGCAAAGCCAGUGUUUGGGGGAGUUCAGCCAGCUUUGCUACUUUGUUUGCUCUAUCUCCACUGUGUUUUGCAUAUCUGUAUGCAAACUCUUUCCACACGCAAAAACCUCAAGCCAGCAGCCCAAAUCUGACGGACUAAUCCACAGGGCUGAAAUCACUGCCUGACAGUCGCGUUACUGGACAUAGUGUGUAUGUGUGUGUGUUUGUGUGCGUGCAUGCCUGCGUGUCUGUGUAUGUGUGUGUGUGUGUGUGCGUGCAUCUGUGUGUGUACGAGUGUGUGUAUGAGAGUGUGUGUAUACAAAGGGAAAGGGGAAGAUACAAAGGGGUGAGGAUGGGUGAUAGAGGAUGCAAUCACCAUGGUUACGGUCCUUCCUUCUGAACUGCAAUUUUCCAUGUUUCAUUGUGGAUCAGAGGAUCCCCUCUCCUCACGCCACACUGCUCAUUAUGACGACGAUCUGCACAAAUUGCAUCCUUCACUUUGUUGCUUCCUCAUUGGGCUCUGCUCUGGUGCUUAUAACUCAGUCUCUCUAGUGGACUCCUUUAUGAUAGAUAGCGGAUGUUGGGAGAUGAGGGAGCUUUCAUCUCUUGCUCCCAAUCUGAGUCCAUUGAAGGUCUGAGACCUCAACCCUAUCAAAACUUCAAAGAUACCAAUAAAGUAACCAAUUUGAUUCUCUAAUUGGGAAUAUUGUCGACCUAAAUGAUAUACCUUGAUAUUUUUGGUUCUCAUAGUUGAAUGGUAAACCCAAGGAACUGUGCUAUUGAUUCUCAAGAUAAUAUUCCACAUUUCUUUUUAAAUUUACUUGGUACUUUAUGAUGAAAAAGCCAUGACCUAACAUAAUUAGGAGUUUAGUUAGGAGAAACUUUAAUUCAACUUCAAUGGCCUCCUAUCUUUGAAAACACACAGCAGUGUUUCAGUCCCUUAUUAUCCAUUAAGCAAACAACCUCUAUAACGUCAGCCUAAUGUUACAUUUUGUAUUAUUAUCUUUGUGGUACUAAUAGCUUUUCCAGCAUCAUAUUAGUCAUAAAUUGAUAUUGCAGUCUAUUCUGUGCCCAUGUUGUAUUUAUGAUUUUUAUUCUAAUCAGUGGACAUUAGUCUUCUCCUCACUAACAGCACAUAAAACAUUGUUAAUUAAGUGAUACUGCCUGAGAAGCCGGUGUUUGGAGGAUAUUUUGGCACAGGUGUUGUUAGGCCCGAGACAAAGUCAAGGCAUUAUCACUUUUAUACAAUGUGUUACCAACAUAUUCAAAUAAUGAUUGACAUAUUUUCAUUAAAAACUUUAUUUAGAUUAAUUUAUUCAUACUAUUUAAUCCUUCCAUGAGAUAUAGUCCUGACACAAAUCUUGGGUUGCUACUCAAGCCGGCUGGUCGUUCAUUCUAUCGGUUAUGUUGCAAGUGACGAGACCCAGUCGUGAAGUAUUUUUGUUCUCAAUCUAUGGACCUUCGUUAUAAAUGUUCCAUUGCCAUGAUGGCUAGCAACAUUCUUAUCCCUUGCUUGCUACCUAGCCAACUUUGGCUAACACAGUCACAUCAAACAGUGCUGCCAGAAUAACAGCAAAGUAGCUACAUUUGUGUUUGUUCAAGCUGUUUUCUAGUGACAUUAAUUUAGAUACAUCCAUAACAAUGAUGUGCGAUUUUGCCUGCCAUAGAACAUUUGCUCUCUUGCCAGGACACUAUUCAGAGGAGCUAGCCAACUACACAGCUAACACAAUCACUUCAAUCUGAAGCUGGAAUGACAGCAAACUAGCUGCAUGUGUGCAGGGCUAGCUAUACCUAUGCCGUGCUAGCUAUACCUAUGCCUGACUACUACUGUUUCCCCUCACUGAGUUGCUACAGUAUGUCGAGGUUCCUAUUCCUCACAGAGAUACGGUGCCUAAUGCCACCCUGUCUUACACUUACAGUGUGUGCUUUUGGAUGACAUGAGUAAAGGUAAGCCGGUGUAAAAAUACUUGUAGCCAUGUCAUUCAGUAUCAAAGCUCAAAGGAUAACCUCUGAGCUGAUAACACCAGAGUUAAACUGUAACGCAAACCCUUAUGUAGGUAAGCUAGUGUCAUCAUCACAGUGUUACGCCAGUUGCCGUCAGCUUUGUUGACAUUGUUACGUCAUGAAUCGGAAUGGGAUCUGUAAAUGAAUAGGUCUGGCUACAUAUUGUAUAGAUUUAUUUUCAAACCAAUGAAAAUGAGCCAAAAUAACGAAACUAUUACCGUUAAGCACGUUGGCAUGAUAAGUAUUGCAGCACACUGCAACCAUUCAUUCUAUGACCACCAUCCCACCAUAAUGAUGAAGGAUCAUUGCAGCGAUGGCAUGUUUAAUGCAGAUAAACUAACAGGGGGGAGACUGCGUUCAUUAUACACCAGGAGGCAUAAAUAUUGAGACAGCGAUCCCUAUGAUAGGGCUAGAUAAUUAUUCCGUCGGUGAAAUGAGCUGAGAAGAUGGAUCCGUAGUCUGACGUUUAAAUAGCCCGGUACUCUGCUUUUUUACUCACAUAUAUCAAUCAUGGUGUGCUGCUGCUUCAAACCCUGGACCACUCUGCCCUUGUGUACCCAAUACCUUCAUUUUAACAGCAAUCCAGUGCUCUGUUCUACGCUUUAAGUUGUGAAAUCAUUUCAUAUAAGGUGUUAAUAGCAUGCAUCUAAUCAUGUUUUAUUUUAUUUUUUAAACACACUAUUUGUCUUCCAGCUCUGUUGUCUUCAAGCCUCCAUUUUACUCCCUUAAAAACACUGUCCUUGUUCUCCCCGACUCCAAGUUGUCUCCAACCCUGGCCGUCAUUAAUGAACAAUGAGGUUUAUAAUGGCUUUGUUUGUUAGGGCUUUUCAUUAAACACAGUCAGAAAUCAGAGACCUUGGCCAGAGAACGUUUAUCCCAGGAGAGGACCAAACACGCACACCAUGCACUCACUCACUCACACACACACAUACACACACAAUGAUAAAGCUUCCUUUUUGUCACACGUUUAAAGCUAACAAACGAAAACAUGAGAUAUGUACAUGUUGGAAAAAAAACUUGCGUAGCUGUUCUUACAAGAAAUCUUUGUGUCAUUUUAUGGAGACGUGUUUUGCUGCUCACAUCUCUUUGUGCUGCAGUAAACAGAGAUCUACACCAUUAUACUGAUCAAUAUAACUAGCUGCACCUAGAGGAAACAUCUCCAAGCUUAAAAUGGAAUGCCCAAUCAAAAGGGGUGGGUAUGGGGGGGCAUACAUAUUUGUCUCAUCAUCAUCUUUUUUUUUUCUUCUUUUUUUUUUAUGGUCUUUGAUACAUUAAAUUAAUUUACAUGACAAAAGCAGCACCUGAUCUGUAUUGGAUCAUAUCCUGUUCUGUUUCGGGCUUACUGGCCAAACCUUUGAGCUGACAAAGAAGAACUAUGGUGAUUCACAAUAUGCAUUUCUUUUGAAGCUGUCUUGUUGCAUUAUGGUAAUUGGUUAAGGUCCACAUAUCCUAUAGGCGGGAUCAUCAUGUGAUGACUCACAGUACCCAGUGACAGCUCUUAGCUAAUGAUUGACAGGACCCAGUAUACCAAUGAUGAUGACCCAGUAUGGAGCUCAGAAAGCCUCACAUCCCUACCACUAGUUAGCUAUCGUCAAUGGGUUUCCACUAGUUACCACAGCCACAAAGUCAAAAUGGCUUUUAAGGUUAGAGUUAGGCAUAAGGUUAGCAGUGUGGUUAAGGUUAGGGUUAAGGUUAGGUUUAGAAUCCGAUUUUAAGAAGAUAAAUUGUAGAAAUAGGUGGGGUUUAUGACUUUGUGUUUGUGGUGACUAGUUAGUGUAUUUCAUACCAUCCCUCCAUUUUUAUUGUGGGUAUAAAUAGCAGGCUAAGACUUUUAAAGCCAACAGCUAGUCUCUUAGAAGGUAGAGGGAUGGAGCCGGUGAUGGCAGCUAUCAGUAUUAGCCCCUAAGUCUCAAGUCAUUUCCAUCCAACAUGUGAGGAGUUAUGUUGAUGUCUUGUCCAAAGCUGACUGUAAUAAUGUGCCCACAGUCUCUCAGGGGCGAUAACCGUGAGGUUUCAAAAUGAAGCCAAUAUCUGACAUUAAAGUGUAUGUUCUUCAUGUAGGCUUGUCUGAAUUCUGGGGAUAUUUGACCCAUGUUGACAGAAGGUCUGACAGAGCUAGUUCUAUCUGAUUUGAUGGGUUCUGGUUUAGGGCCAAAUGUGAGUAUUGAUGGAAUGAACUAUUCCUGGAUGUGUACCUGUAACAGUAGUUGGCAACAUGACUUGAAGUGACUCAAAUGCAAGAACGUAAUAAGCUAAUAUGCUAAAUCUAGGUAAUCCCAAAUAAAACACAAUGUAACAAAGUGUUAAAUUUAACACAUCGUCUUCAGUCAGCCAGCGGGUGCGACUGCCUCUUUCAACAUGUCCAAAAUAAUUAAUGUUAGCGUUAAAUGCGGGACUCUAGAAGACCAAACAGUGCGGCUGGGAGAGAGAGCGCUAACGUUUCGCUUGGCUAAUGCUAUGGCACUGGAGCCUAGCUAGCUCAUUAAAAUGGAUCGGUCUGCCUUGCCCUGUGUAAUUUAAUGAUGACAGGUGAUCUCGGCAGUGAUGUGGACUCUGACGUCAGGCUCAGCCGACUCUCUGAGACACUCCUGUCGGCAGAGGCUUCUGAUACUCUCUGCUUGACUGCAGUCUGUCUGCAAAGGCUGAUAGGAAAUAGCCGAGGCUUGCAGGAAGUGAAGUGAAGUCUUACUGUUACAGUUUCUGGAAUACUGGGGUUUUGACUGAGUGUCUAUUUAACAAUGUUUUUCCAUAUCAUCAGGACAGACAGACAGAGACAACAUACCACGGUUUAGUCCUUGCAAGGGCAAAGCAGUUGGCCCAUGUUCAGCCCUCUAGGGGUCUGUGUGAAGCUCUCACAUCUUUUACAUUUUAGUCAUUUAGCAGACGCUCUUAUCCAGAGCGACUUACAGUUAGUGAGUGCAUACAUUUUCAUACUGCCCCCCGUAGGAAACGAACCCAGAACCCUGGCGUUGCAAGUGCCAUGCUCUACCAACUGAGCUACAGGGGACGCUUGACAUCCAUCUGACUUCCCUAACACUACACAACCUGGCUGCCACAUAUCUUGUCUGCCGUCAUCACACGUCAUGACGUCCAUAUCUAAGUGUUGAAGGAAACAUAAGAAAAUAGGAGAAUUUAAGCACAUCAAAGCAACAGUAUUUCCAUCUACAGGUUUUUGGCUAAAAUGUCCAGCUACAGUUCAUGAUGUCAUUGACCUUAACAAGGGCCCCAUGACCAGUGGAAGCAAAAUAGCCCUGUAUCAUCAAAGAUCCACCACCAUAUUUUACAGUAGGUAUGGGGUUCUUUUCUAUAUUAUGCAUCCUUCUUUUGAUGACAAAUGUUUUGGGGCUCUUUGGCCAUGCAUACCAGUGGUUGAAAACCAAUAAUUUUUUGUUAAGCAAAUAUUUUUCUCUGAAUAAUUUUAUUUUUUAGAAAGUAAUAUAAUUUUCUAAUGUAAUUUUAGAGCAUACAAUAUAGGUCAGUAUUUGUAUUAUUUAUUUUAUACAGUUUUUUUUGUUGCUCAUCUUUAUUAAGGGUGCCAAUAACUACGGUCAUGACUGUAUAUUCCAACCAUUUCCUUUCUCCCAUUUAAAAAGUGCACACUGUGUACUCUAAAUUGUAGGCUAAGUGGAACAGGCAAUUUACAACUCCCUGUGGUUAGCUCAAUUAAUGCAUGUAACUGGCAGAGAAACAUGAGGGCAGAAACACACUGCACAAUGGCUUUGGGCCAUGUGGGCAGAAUAGUAAUGAGAUCACAAAAUGGCUCCGUCUUUUUGGGAACUCAUUACAAAGUCACAAACAGAGAAGCUAUCUAUAAAAACAUGGUUGUGUUACUGCAAUUUUCCCCGAUCCAUUUGCCAUCCUCAUAUAUUUUGGAAAUUGAGUAUUGAAAAAAAUGUUUUGCUUGCAUAUCCGUGACGUGUGAAUGAUCAUGGAAACAAAUAUCACUAAAACUGUAUGAACGCUCUAUAACUUGUUACAAUUCCAUCAUAGUAGAUGAAAUCCCUCUUAUGACAUGAUUACAUUGACGAUUACAUUUUGUGUUUUGUGACUCACUCUGAGAAUGAUUGUGAAACAUUUUUAGGUUGUCCUCCACAGGAGGGUGCUUCUAAUUCUCCGUAACCACUGAGUGUUCUUCCCUCAUUAUCCUUUCAAUUCACAAGUGAGACAGAGAUGUCUCUGAUUAUAGGAGUAUAAGUGUUCUACGCAUAAUUAGACAAAUAGAAAUGUCCCUUUCAGAAUGCAAAAUGCUUUUAUGCAUGCAAUUCCUCAUGAAAAUGCAGGCAAAACAAGUGCCAUUCAUGAGAGUGCAUAGACAAAAUAUUUAUUGCUUGAUUCAAGCUUCCCGCAGAUGCAGAUGAGAUGUCUUUGUAUCAUUCUAGAAAGUACUUAGACACAGCUACUUAGAUUGUCAUGUUAUGUGGCACUCUGUUUCCUCCACAUCUCAGUAGACACUCAAGGGCGUUUUCUCUUUAUCUGGAGGUCAGUUGACAACGGCCCAAAAUAAUGGGGUAUUAUUGUUGCCUUGGCAACACAUAGGGCAAUUUUCUGUGAUUUUCAGGCAGGCAUUGACAUUGAUAAUAGAGCCACAUCUCACUUUAUGGAGAUAGAUUAUACUACACACACUGUAACAUAGCAACCUUAUGUAAUAUGCAGAAAGUUACAGUUAUUCAUACAAGAGAGAUUUGUUGUGUAAUCAAGCUUAGGUUUAAUAAAAAAAAUUUGUAGUGUAAAAUGGGUUCUGAUUAUUUGGUAAUCAAAACAAAUCAAAUGACUCAAGUUUGUUUUCCCUUGAAAUGCUGCUCAGUAAAGCUGUCUGCCAAAUGUAUACUUUCAAACACUUUCCAUGGGUUUUCGUCAAGGCAUAUGCAUACGCAAGGAUUUUAAUCUUCUUGACAGAAAUAGUCUCCAAAGUAGGCGGAGGUGCUCGAUUCGAGGACCUCGAUUCGCACAUCUUUAAUAAUUACAGUUUAGUCAUCACAAAGCCGAUUAUACCCCUCUUAGGAGAAUCUGCAUUUUUUCUAUAGGCACGAUUCCUACCUCCCCCUAAGCUGUUUCGAAAAGAUAAGCGUCGAGAGAUUGAACAAAAGAAUCAACUAUCACUACCAUGGUCUUCAGAGCUUUGAAGAUUCCCUCUGAAAUCUUCAUUGACACUGUCAUUUCUUUAUCCACUUUUAUCAGAAGGGUGUUACACAAUGCGAAGAUACAGUAUGCACAUCUAGAUGUGGCAUAUCUAGAUUUAUGCUCAUUGUCUCAGCUUUGGCCAGAAUAUGCUGACUCACGCUACGGUUUAGCAAAGGAAAGUCAUUGUCUUCUGUCUUUCUUAUGUGCCUGUAGCUCUGCAAUGGAGGUUCGGUGACAGACCUGGCCAAAGGCAUGCUGAAGAGAGGAGACAGAAUGGAUGAGGCGAUCAUUGCCUACAUCAUACACGAGGCCCUCACGGUAAGAGUGCUCUUUGAAUGGUGGAUGGACUUGUGACAGAGAGCGAGAGAGAAGGACUGAAAUGACUUUUCCCAAUUAUGAAUUGAAUGGCCCUCUUUCCAAUGACUUACUAUAUUACUACUAUCUCUACUGUUACAGGGUCUCCAUCAUCUGCACAUCAACAAGACCAUCCACCGGGAUGUCAAAGGCAACAACAUCCUACUGACCACACAAGGAGGGGUGAAGCUGGUGGACUUUGGUAUGCUCUGUGAUCUGUGUGUUUGUGUGUGUGUGUGCGCGUGCAUUUGUGUGUGUCUGUGUCUGUAUGGCUCAGUGUAUUGUGUUAAUUUGUCACUGGUCUAUGUGUGCCUGUGUGUCUGUGAUACUGCCGAUGGAUCAAAUCCAUUACCCCAAAUUGUUUGCCACCUUAAUUGGCUGACAUUUAUUUUCUUAUCCAGGGUGGAAUACAUUUACCCGGUGGUGGGGAGGUGGUAGGUGGGUAGCACCAAAUACAUUUCCAUUAGACGCAGCAUCUCCUGCAUUUGGCCUCACUGCAGAGGACACUGUUGUUAUUCUCUCUGUGUUAGCAAUGCAGCACUGAUUUGUUUCGUGUUUUUCUUAACCAAAUUAAGCUCCCUGUGCACUAGCCAGAGUCUGAAUAACGUGAAAUGAUUCAGGCCAUUUCCAGCAGUGACUCAGCAAAGCUCCUUUAGGGGCCUGAAAAGCAGCAUGCCUCUUUCCAUUACAGCUGAAUCUCCUCUUUAUUCAGCCGGUUAAGCGAGGCUUCUCUUAAAAGCAUCAACCUGCGCAUGUCGCUGCCUCGCUCUCUUCCUUCACUUAAACCAAUGAGUAAUAGGUCUUGUGAAUAUUUGUUGGCUCCAUAGAAAUGUCACAAAUAGCACACUUCGCCCAUUUGCGCUCUUUGCGGCUCCUCUGUUUAACACUUCCAUUAACAAGGUAUUUAGUUCUGGCUAGGCUCCACUUUAGCUAUAAGCUACUCUCAAGUGACACUCUCAUGACUCGCCGUGCUCGACCAAGCCCUCAGUAAGAUGGCCGCCACCCCGGCUUCAGUCCGUAUCAGCCCCAGUGCAGAGGCAAUGUAAAGACGCUAAUUACUUUGGGGGAAUCUUGGGUAGCGGAUAGAUAACGGGGAAGCUUGGCAUUCACAAGGGUAGGAAGAGGGGGAGGAGGAGGAGUGUGAACCCGGACAUAUGGAAUGAGCAGAUAGGAGGAGCAGACCCCACAGAGGGAAAGAGAUAGGGAGAUAGUGAUGACUCAUGACCCCACAGAUAGAAAGAGAGAGGGAGGUAGUGAUGACUCAUGACCCCACAGAGGGAAAGAGAGAGGGAGAUAGUGAUGACUCAUGACCCCACAGAGAGAAAGAGAGAGGGAGGUAGUGAUGACUCAUGACCCCACAGAGAGAAAGAGAGAGGGAGGUAGUGAUGACUCAUGACCCCACAGAGAGAAAGAGAGAGGUAGGUAGUGAUGACUCAUGACCCCACAGAGAGAAAGAGAAAGGGAGAUAGUGAUGACUCAUGACCCCGCAGAGAGAAAGAGAUAGGGCGAUAGUGAUGACUCAUGACCCCACAGAGGGAAAGAGAGAGGGAGAUAGUGAUGACUCAUGACCCCACAGAGAAAAAGAGAUAGGGCGAUAGUGAUGACUCAUGACCCCACAGAGAGAAAGAGAGAGAGAGGUAGUGAUGACUCAUGACCCCACAGAGAGAAAGAGAGAGGGAGGUAGUGAUAACUCAUGACCCCACAGAGAGAAAGAGAGAGCGCGAUAGUGAUGACUCAUGACCCCACAGAGAGAAAGAGAUAGGGCGAUAGUGAUGACUCAUGACCCCACAGAGAGAAAGAGAAAGGGAGAUAGUGAUGAUUCAUGACCCCGCAGAGAGAAAGAGAUAGGGCGAUAGUGAUGACUCAUGACCCCACAGAGGGAAAGAGAGAGGGAGAUAGUGAUGACUCAUGACCCCACAGAGAAAAAGAGAUAGGGCGAUAGUGAUGACUCAUGACCCCACAGAGAGAAAGAGAGAGAGAGGUAGUGAUGACUCAUGACCCCACAGAGAGAAAGAGAGAGGGAGGUAGUGAUGACUCAUGACCCCACAGAGAGAAAGAGAGAGCGCGAUAGUGAUGACUCAUGACCCCACAGAGAGAAAGAGAUAGGGCGAUAGUGAUGACUCAUGACCCCACAGAGAGAAAGAGAGAGGGAGGUAGUGAUGACUCAUGACCCCACAGAGAGAAAGAGAGAGGGAGAUAGUGAUGACUCAUGACCCCACAGAGAGAAAGAGAGCGGGAGAUAGUGAUGACUCAUGCUUCAAAGUUCCCCUGGCUCCAUCAAAAUCAGAGUCAGAAGAAAAGCAUUGUCUGGUCAGGAUAGUAAAGUCAUGGUAGACUAUAGAAAGGCUAUGGCAUUGUUAAAGAGAAGCUGUCAUUUAGACACACAAUGUGCUCCUUCCACUCUGUUGUUUAAUAUGUCACUCACCACAUUCCGAGUGAAUACUGUGUCUGAAUUCAAAUGAGGGCAGAAUUCAAUCAAACCUGCACUCCAGGAAACACACUGUACCCCUCCCUUUCAAAUGACUCUUCUGUAUGAUCUGAUUUAGGUUGGGACUCUGUAAGUCCACCAUACAAAUACUAGUGCUACACUCUACAAUAUGAAUACAGAGUUAGGAGGUGACCCAGAAACAACUAGGAGUGUUUGAGGCUGUCUGAGUAUCCCAUGGUCAGAUUCAUUUGAUCAAGCAUCCUUUUAUUUUGAUAAGCACCCCAUCAGAAAUAAACAUUUUUAGCAGACGCUCUUAUCCAGAGCAACUUGCUCAAGGGCACAUCGACAGAUUUUUCACCAAGUCAGCUCGGGGAUUCGAACAGUGACAUUUUGAUUGCUGACCAAACGCUCUUAACCACUAGGCUACUUGCCGCCUAAAUAUGUUUUGCUAUGAUAAAAAAAAAGAGGAUUAUCAUAGGAACAGAGAAGAGUUUGUUAUGUUUCUCCAUUUAGCUUCAAAUGUGCUGUCAUUAUGGUGAGAAUCACCCAAUCCUCCUCCAUUGAAUUAAUGUAGUCUACUCUUGUUGGGGUUAGCGACCCAUGUUAUCUCACCCACGGUGAAAACUAAAAGACACUCAACUGCAAAUUUAUUCAAAUAGGCUUUCAUGCUGUGCAGGAAAAACUGUAUUUCGUUUCUCUCCUGAAUCCUGGUAACUGAUUUUGAUAAGAGAAAGGCCCCGUAGUCAGCUGGGAAAUAUAGAAAUUGAGACGUGGAGCUACAGAGAGACAGACGGCCCAGAGCUACAAAAUAGGAAGACAGUGGUGGUAUAGGGGGCCGGACAUAGGUGGCUAGGAGAGAGGGUGUACAGAGCGAGAGAGAGAGAGAGAGAGAGAGAGAGAGAGAGAGAGAGAGAGAGAGAGAGAGAGAGGAAGAAAGAAGGGAUACUUGCUCCACACAUGUCUCCUGCGUCACACAGAGGAUAAUAGUUUUUCAUGUGGGGGGUCGGCACGAUCCUACGCUACACUAAGCAGCUGAAAAGAUAAAACCCCUGCAGUGACUCAUCACCACCCCGAGAAAAAAUAAGCCCUGAAAAAGAGAAGAAAAAGAUGGAUGGAGGCCAUCUUUUCAGUUUCUUAAUGAAUAUGCUAAUUGACAGUGUUAUCUCUCUGAUGAUUAUUAAGGGUGUCCUGCCAGGCCCUGCCUCUGGGUAAUGUAGUAGAAACAGAAUGGCCACAGGGACUUUUUAUAGGAGCGUCUUUGUGCAUACAUGUGAGGGCCUCAUAACCAUUUCAUCACACAUAAUGAAAUUGUUAAAUACUGGUUCAUAUGUGUGAACGUAUGUGUGUUUGAUUGUGUGUGUGUGUGUGUGUGUGUGUGUGUGUGUGUGUGUGUGUGUGUGUUGCUGCUUACUUGUGUGUAAGCAGGUAGCAGAACAGGUAAGAGCGUUGGGCCAGUAACCAAAAGGUUGCUGGUUGAAUCCCCGAGCUGACUAGGUGAAAAAUCUGUCAAUGUGCCCUUGAGCAAUGCACUUAAUCCAAGUCGCUCUGGAUAAGAGCAUCUGAUAAAUGACUAAAAUGUGUCUGUGUACUGAAUAUCUGUGCACAUUUUUCUGCUGGUAACAUGUAUGAGUUGUGCAUGCAUCGUUUGUGUGUGUGCAUGCAUGAAUGUGUGUGCAUGCGCAGGUGCAGGUUUGUGAGAAGUGCACCGAGCAGCACAGUGUGUCAGCCCUGUAUAUAUCCCCUCCUGCAUAUAAGCCUAAUCCCUUUUGAUGUUUGCUACAGCACCGUUGAGAAUCUGCUGCUUACUGCAUUCCUUCUUCUUGCUAUUCAUUCCAUCCAGUAUUCCGUUUAACCCAUUCAACAAGGAAGUCCUCAGAGAGAUAUCCCCCACACACUCUUUACAAAUAACACAAUUUUAUACUCUAGUUCAUGAAUAUUUACUAUAAUUAAAUACAGCAUAGAUAAAACAAACAUUAACAUUGUUUAACAAAUUUGUGAUUUGUUUACUCAGAUGGAGUGUAUACUGUAUAUUAAUCUAUGCUAGCAACACGUCAUAUAUUGUAAAUACUUUGGAAUUCUCCAGUUGUCUGUUUAAACAUAUAAGCACAUAGUAACCACAUAGCUAUUUGUUGAAGCACAGCUUCUCUCUCAGUCCAUAGUAGUCUUGCUGCAUUCUGUUCAUAACCUAGUGCUCAUCAGUGGAUUCAGUUCAAGCUGCUCCUCUACCAUCUACUGCAGCUUCACACUGAUUCGUCUGGACUGGAGUCUGGAGUCACGACUGUGGCUCGGCCUGGCGUUGAUUGUCCAGACAUUUUGACAUGAACACAUGAGUGUUACACACACAUCAUGUGUGUAACAUCUUCCUAUCCUCACAACUGUGGGGGUAGGAAAAGAAAGCAGCCUUCUGCAAAUCAUUAUGGCUACAGUGCAGAGCAGACACAGGGUCCUAUUCAGAAUGACUAAACCUGACCUUUAUAAUAAUUCUUAGUUAAAUAUCCACCAUAGACAUAGCUGUUUGAAAUGUAUACAGUCUCCUUUCAAAACGAACAGAAGAUAAUGUGAACACUUACCAAAUAAUUCCAAUUAAAUCAUGUCAUGAUUUGAAUGGGUCAGUCAGUAUUGUGUAGUGCAAAUAUAGUCAUUCUGAGGUUUGUUCAUGAUGGAUCUCUAGUCAAAUGCCCUGAUAAAUCGCCUUGGGUAUUUGUAAUGCAAAGCAAUCCAUCAUUUGCUUGAGAGCCAUCACAACUUGGCGUGUGUGUAGGCUAUAUAUGAGGCUAUAUGUGUGUGUGUGUGUGUGUGUGUGUGUAACUGCUAGUAUGUGUGUGUGUGUGUGUGUGUGUGUGUGUGUGUGUGUGUGUGUGUGUGUGUGUGUGUGUGUGUGUGUGUGUGUGUGUGUGUGUGUGUGUGUGUGUGUGUGUGUGUGUGUGUGUGUGUGUGUGUGUGUGUGUGUGUGUGCAUGCGUUUGUGCACAUGUCUGUUUUUGUUCAAUGUCACCAGUGACCACACCAUCAUGGUUUACAGAGUGGGUUUGGAAUAUCAUUUACUUAAUCCAUCCCAGCUGGAAUAUGAAUAGCACUUCACUAUUUCACCCUAUGACAGCUCAUAAUCGGAACCACCUGCUCUGGUUUCUGUCUGAUGGACAUGAGAUGAAAAAAUCAUUAUAUUGUUUUAAUGCUCCUCAGUGUCUAUAGAUGUCCUAUGUAACUGAACUGUGAUGUCCCAAUGUAUACAGCCGUUCAUACUGUGGUUCCUAUCUAAUUGAGUUAUGUUAUCCUUGUGUCUUUCUGCAGGUGUUUCGGCCCAGUUGACGAACACUCGUCUCCGUAGGAACACCUCAGUGGGAACACCUUUCUGGAUGGCCCCAGAGGUAGGCCUCAUUCCCUUUACCUCACUAGACUCUUACACAGCAUCCAACAUUGGACCUGUAGAAAGAAUACAGACUUUUGUUGACCUUGAUAAGUAGAAUAAGAACCAAAUCUCGCCUGAGCAUUGGCCUCUGACCAGCUACUCAAUGUUUUUGUCUGUCACAAGACAUUAGUGCUUGGCUAGCUCACACUGCAGCAUGAUGCUAAAGAUGACCUGGUUAGAACAGCCUUCUUAUUUUUUACAUGACUUUUACAUCCACUUUGCAAAUCUAUUUGGUAUUAACUCAUGCAGAGAAAUGGCAUUUUACAUACCGUUUACAUAGAGUAUAGCUAAUGACAUGACAUUAGAAUCGGAGGUGGAUGUCCUUUCAGGUUGACCAUUUGAGUAAAAAGGGACUUUAAAAAAAGAUAUGUACAGAGCACCGAACGAAAACCGAGAGAGGAGCGCGGCAGACUUUAGUAGUGGAUAGGCUAUCGUAAGGUUUCUCUGCCAGUUUUGGAAGUAUUUUAUGAAGGGUUAGAUGGUACCUACUGUGCUUUGUUGGAAAAAGAUAAGAGUACCUCGAAUUAAGUGGAUUUUAGUUGAGGGUAAGGCAAGAUGGAUUCUAAUGUAUCAGCUUGGCUCACCUUGUUGUUGUAAAUGUUGAAUAUUCUUCAUGACUGUUGAGAUGAGGAUCCCGUAUUGCUUGGGGUUUCUUGUUAUUCAUGUGAGUUGUGACAUGUUCAUGACACAACUCUUUGUCUAUGUUUGUGCGUGUGUACUGUGUUAUGGUGUGCAUUCUGCACGUUAAUGUGUACUUCAUUAUGUUCAUGUGACGUUUUGUCAUUCAGAAUAUUUAUAUUUGGGACCCUUGUUGAUAAAGGUGUCUUAAUGAUGUUGUAAUUGAUAUGUUUGGACAAUAUUAUGCAUUUUUUUGAGUACACUACUAAAGUAUGUACCUUGGGAAUGAUUACUGUUGUUUCCCUGCAGGUGAUUGAGGUGUCUGGGUGUGGAUUUAACUGUGUGUAUCGAUGCUCUGUCUGUGUACGUACCAUAUGUGUCUCCUAUGGGGAGAUCUAUUUUGUAAAGGGGAUGCCAUGUUGGCCUAAGGAUAUUGUUGAUGGCGGUUUGUUUGUGUGUGUGUAUGCGUGUGUGUGCGUGUGUGUGUGUGUGUGUGUGGUGCAUGCACUCUUGAUGAUGGUCUGUUUGUGUUUGUGUGAGUGUGUGUGUGUGUGUGUGUGUGUGUGUGUGUGUGUGUGUGUGUGUGUGUGUGUGUGUGUGUGCGUGUCCUACCUGUACCAUAUUCCCUGUAGAAGCCUGCAGCAGUUGUUGAUAAAGGUGUGCCCGUAUCUCCCAAAACACUCUCAAUAAUAUUCUCCUUAGAAACUACUAGAAACACAGACUGUAUUUUCCUGCUGCUAAUCUUAAUGUGUGUGUCUCUGUCUACAGGUGAUAGCUUGUGAGCAGCAGUUGGACUCCACGUAUGACGCUCGCUGUGACGUCUGGUCCCUGGGCAUUACUGCCAUAGAGCUGGGAGAUGGAGACCCGCCCCUCUCCGACCUCCAUCCAAUGAGAGCUCUCUUCAAAAUCCCCAGGUCGGGCUCCUAUUUCUGCACAUUUAACCAUCUGGGGAUCGAAGUGGGGUCAUCAGUGCAAGAUAUCCAAUAGAGAAGGAAGUGUUCUCACUGCGCUAAAGGCUAGGCGUUAGCUAUCAUCUGUUGUUAGAUAUCAGACAACGAGACGUUAUUGCAACAACUAACAUCAGCCUAGCAAUAUAACUGCUACACAGAUGGCAGCUGUGGUGUCCACAUUUUACAUUUUUUACAUUUUUAGUCAUUUAGCAGACGCUCUUAUCCAGAGCGAUUUUUUUAUACUGGCCCCCCGUGGGAAUCGAACCCACAACCCUGGCGUUGCAAACGCCAUGCUCUAUCAACUGAGUUACAUCCCUGCCGGCUAUUCCCUCCCCUACCCUGGACGACGCUGGGCCAAUUGUGCACCGCCCAUGAGUCUCCCGGUCGCUGCGACAGAGCCUGGAUUCAAACCAGGAUCUCUAGUGGCACAGUUAGCACUGCGAUGCAGUGCCUUAGACCACUGCGCCACUCAGGAGAGUGUCUAUUCAGCAUGAUAAAUGUCCUUUGGGGUGGGGGCAGGGUAGAUGUCUGUUGAGGGGGGUAGAAAGUCUGGGGGUGACAGGGGGAGCAGGUAGCGGACUAGUAGUAGCUAUUCAGCAGCCUGAUGGUCUGGGGGUAGAAGCUAUUGGCCAGUCUUAGUUUUAGCCAUAAUGCUUGUGUACUGCCCGCAUUUGAGUGAUGAAAACGGGGAGAACAGGCCGUGGCUCAGGAGGCUGAGGUCCCUGAUGAUCUUUCAUGGCCUUCCUGCAACACCUGGUGUUGUAGGUGUCCUGGAGGGCAGGCAGUGUGCACCCAAUGGUGCAUUCGGCUGAGCGUACCACCCUCUGUAGUGCCUUGCGGUCCGCGGCGGUGGAGUUGCCGUACCAGGCUGUGAUACAGCCUGACAGUAUGCUCUCGAUGGUGCUCCUGUAGAACACUGUGAGGGCCCUUUAUACACAACAUAACAACACAAUCAUCACAACUAGGUUUUAUGUACGCCUAACCUAUAUCUUAUGCGGCAAUCAUUUUACAUUUUAGUCAUUUAGCAGACGCUCUUAUCCAGAGCGACUUACAGUUAGGGAAUACAUAUUUGUUUUUUUUAUACUGGCCCCCCGUGGGAAUCAAACCCACAACCCUGGCGUUGCAAACGCCAUGCUCUAUCAACUGAGCUACAUCCCUGCCGGCCAUUCCCUCCCCUACCCUGGACGACGCUGGGCCAAUUGUGCGCCGCCCAUGAGUCUCCCGGUCGCGGCCGGCUGCGACAGAGCCUGGAUUCGAACCAGGAUCUCUAGUGGCACAGUUAGCGCUGCGAUGCAGUGCCUUAGACCACUGCGCCACUCAGGAGUUAAUCAUAUUUCCAUUACUGCGCUUUUCACUUGGUAGAAAAGAACGUCAAAGCAGGGCAGUGCAGGUCGUUUGUAUUGCAAUUUACAAAACCAUUUGCACUCUACAGUUCUGUAGCCAGCGAGAUGAAUUGCCCUUCCGUGCAACUGUCUGUGGGGCUAGGAUCUGUCACAAGGCAAAAUGAAAAGAUAGCUUUAUUUUGGAUUAGAGCAGCUUAGACGUACCACCUCUCUCUGCUAUUUUCUGUGAUCCUCCUCUUUCUGUGGAUAAAUAGGAUCGAUAUAAUAUUUUUCUCCUCUGCCCACACUGUGUGUUGGAGGUGAAUGGUUACUGAUUACUGUCGUUGGUCUUCAGGUUCUGAGGCGGCUGCAUAAGCGCUCAUCACCGCUGUCAUCUUGACGCCACAACACUUUGUCCAUCUCCACCCCACCACUGUGUGCAACUACACACACAGGCAUACACACACACCUCACUAGUCUGGAACAAUUGUAAACACACCAAAAGACUAAAGAGUAGCUUAUUUCCCCUUCUUUCUUUCACCUCUCUCUCUCCCUCUCUCUCUCUCUCUCUCUCUCUCUCUCUCUCUCUCUCUCUCUCUCUCUCUCUCUCUCUCUCUCUGUGUCUUUGUCUCUCUCUCUUUGUCUCUCUCUCUUUCUCAUUCUGUCCCUCUCUGUCUAAACACACACACAUAAAUACCGUUCUCUCAGCUAUCCCCUCUGUUGUUGAUGUACUCUUUGCUUGGGGUUUUUUGCUCCAGAGCAGUCAUCAUCACACAGCUUUCUCUGAAUCUUUGUGACUGCUGUUACAAGAGCUGCAGGCUCUCUCUACACACUUCCCUCACACUCCUCUUUCACCAUGCUGGCAAGGAUUUAUUCAGUUGGAUCUCCAUUGAGAAACCAUGUUAAAUUGACAAAAUGCAAUAGAUUCAGUGGGAUGAUGGUUUUCUCUCUUUCAAAAAAUAAUAAUAAUGUUUGGCCACUUUUGUGUGGCCAAAACUUUUAUAUUUUUAUUUGACAUAAUUCCCUUAUCCAUUAAGUAUUUGGAAAUCCAUCUUUGUUUUGCCAACACUCUACAUCCAACACUGUCCUGUCAUGCCAGCAGACAUGCCAGUAUACAAGCAAUCAAACACAUUUCAUUGAGGAGGUUUGUAAAUGCAUUUUCACUAAUGCAUUCAAAUGGGUCUUGAGUUCAACAGUGAUUCAUUUCAUUCUCUUACUCACACACUACUGACCAGCGAAGGCACACGUUGUGUUUUGGCUUGAAGUGCUGUCCCCAUUUCAUGGCCAUGAUGACAUCACCCAAGAUGUCCGGAAGCUGUUCCUCCGCUGGAUUAUGGUUAGGGAACCUGUGUUCAGGAUUAUCCCGGUUUGAUCCUGGAGAGAGCAGUUCAGCCAACACGUUCCCUGGCCUGGCACUGCCUAGCACUCACCCAGCCAGAUAAGGGAAGGGAACAGGCCCCAGGUCAAGUCAAAAAUACACACUACACAGGAAGGCAAAGAUACACAUGCAAAAUAUGUCCCGGCAUACAGUAUGUCCAAAAUACAUACAUUUAGGUGAAGGAAGGGUCAAAGUUACACUCUUAGAAAAAAAGGUGCUAAGUAGAACCAUGUAGGGUUAUUCGGUUUGUCCCCAUAGGGGAACCCUUUGAAGGGUUUUACCUAGCAUCAAAAAGGGUUCCCCUAUGGGCCUAGUUAUACCCUAACACAGUGGUGUUAGGAAACUCCUGGUUUACAGGCCACAUCAGGCCUGCAAGUCACAUUAUGCUGGCUUGCAAAGUGAUGUUUAAUUACUAUUGGAAUCCAACCAGAGUUAGGAUAUCCAACAAGUUGAAUUUUUUAGGGAAGCUUGAAUACUGAGAAUACCUCAAUCAAUCAUCUUAACUGGAACAACCAUCUGGAACAACCAUCUCAGUAACGGGUGCAAUAAGUCCAACUACUAACGGAUUGGAUUAGUUUAGAAAAAUGUAUGCUAUUUUUCUUGGUGUAGCAUAAAAUGUAUCAAUAAAUCAAUGUACAUGCAAAAACACAGAUAUUAAAACAAACAAUUCUAAAAAUCACCCUGCAAUAGAGCAUGCUGGGAAAUAUGAUAUAUGGUUCUAUGUAGAACCAUUCUUGCCUUCCAAAGAGUCCUUCUUGCCUACUAAAGAAUCAUCAAAGAACCCUUUCUUCCAAAAGCGGUUCUUAGGAUGUUAAAGGUUCUAGGUAGAACCCUUUGCCUUACAAAGAACCCUUGUCUUCCAGAAAGGGUUCUUCAGAUCAAAACAGUUCUUGGUAAAACCCCAUACCUCCGCAAAGAACCCUUUUACAACCCACAGCCUGUGGAGGAGGAGUAGAAAGAUACAGGAGUGUAUAGGAAUGGUCAAAAUGUUUCCGGAAUAACUCAUUUUAAACACAUAGAGUAGGUUGUACUAGAAACACAGAUUAAUUAGUUGCAUGAGAAUUGUAUUAGCUAUGAUGAGCUUGUUUGACCCCUGCUAUUAUCUUGACUCAGUAUUAUUGAUGGCUGCGUCCUUUUACAAUAGUCAAAGCCAUUUAGUCCCUCACCAGUAUAUCCCUAUGUGUCCUUGUUUCCUCUCAGCUCCUUGAUUCCACAUUCAACUCCAGUAUCCAGGUCUAGAUAGCAGAUGUUUGACUCUCCCCUCCCCACAGCUUCUCCAGACCUGUUAGUCUUCCAGAUAAGAAUUCAUUUUAAUAGUGGGAGCGUCGGCGGAACAGAGUCCAUUUAAAUGUCUGACACACACUCUGUCUAAAUGGGGUGUGAACUAAGUGUGAUAACCAGGAGAUGUAUGACCUCCCAUUACAGCAAUGAAUCGCUGUCAUUGUGGACGUGAAAAGGCCCCGCUGCGUUAGCGAGUCAAUAUCAACUCUUACAACCUGUGCCAAGCACCCUCUCGUAAAGAGCCACUUUAAACAGGACAGGGAAUUAUAGCAAAUUAGCGCUAUUGUUCCUCAGUGGGCGAGGUCUUGUCUUGUCAGGGUUGGGGGGCUAACUACAGUGUUUGGCUGGAUUUGCUUGUUAAAGGACCACUUUUUUGUAUUCAUGAUGGCUACUUUGAGAUUGGAGUAGCAAGUCUGCAUAAUGGAUAUAAUGUUGUCAUCUAACUGUCUUAUAACUGUGUUAUGUCAGAUUGGCAUAACACCUGUCAUAAUUUUGAUGGUCUCAUGACAAGUUUAUGCCAGCAUUCUGCAAGUACAACUUAGUGUUGUUUAGGUUAGAAAUAAUGUGUUGGUGUUUUUCACCAAAAUACUGAGAUCUACACUACCGUUCAAAAGUUUGGGGUCACUUAGAAGUGUUAUUGUUUUUUGAAAGAAAAGCCAAUUUUUUGUCCAUUAAAAGAGCAUAAAUUUGAUCAGAAAUACAGUGUAGACAUUGUUAAUGUUGUAAAUGGCUAUUGUAGCUGGAAACUGAUAUUAAUGGAAUAUCUACAUAGGAGUACAGAGGCCCAUUAUCAGCAACCAUCAAAGAAAAAGCCAUAUAUCAGACUGGCAAAUAAAAAGAAAAGAUUAAGAUGGGCAGUCUGAGAUAUGGCUUUUUCUUUGCAACUCUGCCUAGAAGGUCAGCAUCCCGGUUUCGCCUCUUCACUAUUGACGUUGAGACUGGUGUUUUGCGGGUACUAUUUAAUGAAGCUUCCAGUUGAGGACCUGUGACGUGUCUGUUUCUCAAACUAGACACUCUAAUGUAUUUGCCCUCUUGUUGUGCACCGGGGCCUCCCACUCCUCUUUCUACUCUGGUUAGAGCCAGUUUGCGCUGUUCUGUGAAGGGAGUAGUACACAGCGUUGUACGAGAUCUUCAGUUUCUUGGCAAUUUCUCGCAUGGAAUAUCAUUAAUUUCUCAGAACAAGAAUAGACUGACGAGUUUCAGAAGAAAGUUAUUUGUUUCUGCCCAUUUUGAGCCUGUAAUCGAACCCACAAUUGCUGAUGCUCCAGAUACUCAACUAGUCUCAAGAAGGCCAGUUUUAUUGCUUCUUUCAUCAGCACAACAGUUUUCAGCUGUGCUAACAUAAUUGCAAAAGGGUUUUCUAAUGAUCAAUUAGCCUUUUAAAAUGAUAAACUUGGAUUAGCAAACACAACAUGCCAUUGGAACACAGGACUGAUGGUUGCUGAUAAUGGGCCUCUGCACGCCUAUGUAGAUAUUCCAUAAAAAUCAGCCGUUUCCAGUUACAAUAGCCAUUUACAACAUUAACAAUGUCUACACUGUAUUUCUGAUCAAUUUGAUGUUAUUUUAAUGGACAAAAAAAUUGCUUUUCUUUCGAAAACAAGCACAUUUCUAAGUGACCCCAAACUUUUGAAAGGUAGUGUAAGCGGACUUAAAGUUUACCUACAGUGGGGAGAACAAGUAUUUGAUACACUGCCGAUUUUGCAGGUUUUCCUACUUACAAAGCAUGUAGAGGUCUGUAAUUUUUAUCAUAGGUACACUUCAACUGUGAGAGACGGAAUCUAAAAUCCAGUAAAUCACAUUGUAUGAUUUUUAAGUAAUUAAUUUGCAUUUUAUUGCAUGACAUAAGUAUUUGAUCACCUACCAACCAGUAAGAAUUCCGGCUCUCACAGACCUGUUAGUUUUUCUUUAAGAAGCCCUCCUGUUCUCCACUCAUUACCUGUAUUAACUGCACCUGUUUGAACUCGUUACCUGUAUAAAAGACACCUGUCCACACACUCAAUCAAACAGACUCCAACCUCAAGACCAGAGAGCUGUGUAAGGACAUCAGGGAUACAAUUGUAGACCUGCACAAGGCUGGGAUGGGCUACAGGACAAUAGGCAAGCAGCUUGGUGAGAAGGCAACAACUGUUGGCGCAAUUAUUAGAAAAUGGAAGAAAUUCAAGAUGACGGUCAAUCACCCUCAGUCUGGGGCUCCAUGCAAGAUCUCACCUUGUGGGGCAUCAAUGAUCAUGAGGAAGGUGAGGGAUCAGCCCAGAACUACACGGCAGGACCUGGUCAAUGACCUGAAGAGAGCUGGGACCACAGUCUCAAAGAAAACCAUUAGUAACACACUACGCCGUCAUGGAUUAAAAUCCUGCAGCGCACGCAAGGUCCCCCUGCUCAAGCCAGCGCAUGUCCAGGCCCGUCUGAAGUUUGCCAAUGACCAUCUGGAUGAUCCAGAGGAGGAAUGGGAGAAGGUCAUGUGGUCUGAUGAGACGAAAAUAGAGAUUUCUUUGGUCUAAACUCCACUCGCCGUGUUUGGAGGAAGAAGAAGGAUGAGUACAACCCCAAGAACACCAUCCCAACCGUGAAGCAUGGAGGUGGAAACAUCAUCCUUUGGGGAUGCUUUUUUGCAAAGGGGACAGGACGACUGCACCGUAUUGAGGGGAGGAUGGAUGGGGCCAUGUAUCGCGAGAUCUUGGCCAACAACCUCCUUCCCUCAGUAAGAGCAUUGAAGAUGGGUCGUGGCUGGGUCUUCCAGCAUGACAACGACCCGAAACACACAGCCAGGGCAACUAAAGAGUGGCUCUGUAAGAAGCAUCUCAAGGUCCUGGAGUGGCCUAGCCAGUCUCCAGACCUGAACCCAAUAGAAAAUCUUUGGAGGGAGCUGAAUGUCUGUAUUGCCCAGUGACAGCCCCGAAACCUGAAGGAUCUGGAGAAGGUCUGUAUGGAGGAGUGGGCCAAAAUCCCUGCUGCAGUGUGUGCAAACCUGGUCAAGACCUACAGGAAACUUAUGAUCUCUGUAAUUGCAAACAAAGGUUUCUGUACCAAAUAUUAAGUUCUGCUUUUCUGAUGUAUCAAAUACUUAUGUCAUGCAAUAAAAUGCAAAUUAAUUACUUAAAAAUCAUAUAAUGUGAUUUUCUGGAUUUUUGUUUUAGAUUCCGUCUCUCACAGUUGAAGUGUACCUAUGAUAAAAAUUACAGAUCUCUACAUGCUUUGUAAGUAGGAAAACCUGCAAAAUCGGCAGUGUAUCAAAUACUUGUUCUCCCCACUGUAUGUGAGUGUGUAGCUUAACAUUGAGAUGUCUCUUGGUAUCUGAAAUAAAGCACAGUGUUAAGAUUUCAUUCCAUUAUCCUACUCCCAGCCUUAGCCUCUGUUCUCCUCCCAGUCUGUGUAAUUCACAUUUUAUCUUAUCUUUUGAUUAUUUCCCCGUACAGAAACCCUCCACCUACCCUGUACCAGCCUGAGCUGUGGUCGGACCACUUUAACGACUUCAUCUGCAAGUGAGUAUAAGGGGAGCUGGGUGUGUGUGUGUCUGUUUGUGUGUGUGUGUGUGUGUGUGUGUGUGUGCGUGUGUGUGUGUGUGUGUGUGUGUGUGUGUCUGUGUGUGUGUGUAUGUGUGUGCGUGUGUGUGUUGUUGCUAAUUACAGUGUACAAACGUGUAAACCUUCCCUCUCAUUUACAGGCGAACAUAAUUGGUUUAUUAUCCUCUUCAGAUUUGCUCUUCAUAAACCAUUCACCCCCUAAAAUAGAAGCAUGAAUCUGAAUAUUAUAAUGUUCACUUGCUGAUUGCAUGGCCCAGAGCAUCAGUAACAUUCUCCCUGUCUAACUGUCUCACCCACAGAUGUCUGAUCAAGGACUUUGAGCUGAGGCCUAACGUUCUAGACCUGCUCCAACAUGUGUUCAUCAGACAGAUUGUAGGUCGAGAGAGGAUCCUGCAGAAACAGCUAAUGGAACUCAUAGACCUCAACCAGCAGAUAGGAACCACUGGGAAGACAAGGUACUGUCAUGAUGCAGAUGACCUCUGUUAGCCAAUGGCAGAAGGAUAAAGGCUACAAAGGCACCACAUAGCACUAUGUAUUCAGGAUCCAAUUGACCUUUGCAUUACAUAUGGUGCAUUCUAGAAACUCCUUCCAUAUGAAUGUCAUAAUGUAUUUCAUAACAUCUCCCUGUUGGUCAUGUAUAUUUAAGCAAUAAGGCACGAGGGUGUGUGGUGUAUGACCAAUAUACCACGGCUAAGGGCUGUUUGUAGGCCUGGAUACAGUCCUUAGCCGUAGUAUAUUGGCCGUAUACCACAAACCCCCGAGGUUCCUUAUUGCUAUUAUAAACUGGUUACCAAUGUAAUUAGAGCAGUAAAAAUAAACGUUUUGUCAUACCCGUGGUAUACGGUCUGAUAUACCAUGGCUGUCAGCCAAUCAGCAUUCAGGGCUCGAACCACCUAGUUUAUAAAUAUUCUUAUAUAACCUUGCAUGUUUUACAUGUUAUAGUACAGUCAUGUCACUUGUUAUCUACAAAAGGGACCCAUGCCGCGAUCCAAUGUCGACAUGUAGUGGAUUUGUUUAAUCUUAACUUUCAAACUCAAGCUUCAUCUACUCCACACAGUACUUGAAGUUGCAUUACGUUAUAUUACGUUCCUACUGGUUGCACAACUGUCUGCCAUUGGAGGAAAUAGGCAUCAUCUUAACUUGGAUGUAGACAGUAAUCCAAAUUGCGCAUCAGCUGGAUAUUGUGUCACCUUCAGGCUCAAGGUUUCAGCAGUGACUGAAGGAGGAGAAGUUAUGAGUCAGAUUUUGUGUCAAAUGUUGGGCCCCUGAAGCCCAGAUAUCAAGUUCAAUCACUGCAACUGCAUAUCAUAUCCUGCUUAUGAACUGUAAUGUUAUUUCUGUCAUUUAAGCCAUCAUGGAAAGACAGACAGAAGCACAGACAGUAACGACAGGUAGGGGAUAUGAAUGCACUUGUAGGGGUAGCUAGUUACCUGCCCACGUAUUAUGUCUAAUCAAAGCCCUAACUGUAGACUGUAGUUUGUAGCCUACCCACUACCCAGCACUUUUCUGAAAUCAAGUCAUUGUGCUGUGUCUAGAUGAUUGUUGUCGACAUCUAAGGAUGACACUGGCAUCCUUGUGUUCCAUGAUGUGUUUUAGUCAGUCUAGACCCUUUUGGGUGUAGAUGUGUUGUUCGUUCCUCUGUCUUCUGUUUCAUGUCUAACUUUGACUGUAGUUUUGUAACCUAUACCCAUGUUUUAACAAAUCAAACAAUGUAUGACCAAUCAAAUAGGGGAAAAAUGACAUUGUCACAGCGGAAGCGGCCAUUUUACAAUCAGGUGAAGCACAAUCAGCCAGUAGAGUCAAACAGCGUGGAUUAAGACAUGUCGUGCCACCACUCAAGGCAAGGAAGGAAAAAACAGGAAAAGGAGCUACUAGCCAGUUAGACACAAUAACAAUAAGAUCAGUGGGGACCAACAAUUUGUUUGUUUAAGAGUUGGUCAAGCUCUGUUGUGGUCAGCCUCAACCUUUAUCCACCUGGGGAGGUAAACGCUUGUUUGGAGUCGCACUCAAGAGAGGUGCUCAUCGGUGGUAAAAAGCUUCUGUAGAAGCACAGCGUGCAUAGAUCUAGACCAGGGCUCUCCUACCCUGUUAUUGGAGAGCAAACGUCCUGUAGGUUUUUGCACCAACCCUAAUCUAGAGCACCUGAUUGAUUCUAAUAAUUAGCUGGUUGAUAAGCUGAAUCAGGUUAGUUAAAACUGGGUUGGAAUGAAAACCUACAGGAUGGUAGUUUACUGUUUACAGUUUAGCUCUCCUGUAACAGGGUUGGAGACCCCUGAUCUAGAGUGAUUCGAUCUAGAUUGAUCAGCCCACAUGGAAAAAUACUAUAGUAUAAAUACUGUAGUAUUACUAUAGUAAAACAAAUUGUAGUAUACAGUACCAGUCAAAGGUUUGGACACACCUACUCAUUCCAGGGUUUUUCUUUAUUUUUACUAUUUUCUACAUUGUAGAAUAAUAGUGAAGACAUCAAAACUAUGAAAUGACACAUACAGUUGAAGUCGGAAGUUUACAUACACCUUAGCCAAAUACAUUUAAACUCAGUUUUUCACAAUUCCUGAUAUUUAAUACUAGUAUAAAAUUAUCUGUCUUAGGUUAGUUAGGAUCACCACUGUAUUUUAAGAAUGUGAAAUGUCAGAAUAAUAGUAGAGAGAAUGAUUUAUUUCAUAUUUUAUUUAUUUCAUCACAUUCCCAGUGGGUCAGAAGUUUACAUACACUCAAUUCGUAUUUGGUAGCAUUGCCUUUAAAUUGUUUAACUUGGGUCAAAUCUUUCGGGUAGCCUUCCACAAGCUUCCCACAAUAAGUAGGGUGAAUUUUGGCACAUUCCUCCUGACAGAGCUGGUGUAACUGAGUCAGGUUUGUAGGCCUCCUUGCUCGCACACGCUUUUUCAUUUCUGCCCACACAUUUUCUAUAGGAUUGAGGUCAGGGCUUUGUGAUGGCCACUCCAAUACCUUGACUUUGUUGUCCUUAAGCUAUUUUGCCACAACUUUGGAAGUAUGCUUUGGGUCAUUGUUCAUUUGGAAGACCCAUUUGCGACCAAGCUUUAACUUCCUGACUGAUGUCUUGAGAUGUUGCUUCAAUAUAUCCACAUAAUUUUCCUUCCUCGUGAUGCCAUCUAUUUUGUGAAGUGCACCAGUCCCUCCUGCAGCAAAGCACCCCCACAGCAUGAUGCUGCCACCCCCGUGUUUCACGGUUGGGAUGGUGUUUUUCGGCUUGCAAGCCACCCACUUUUCCUCCAAACAUAACGAUGGUCAUUAUGGCCAAACAGUUCUAUUUUUGUUUCAUCAGACCAGAGGACAUUUCUCCAAAAAGUAUGAUCUUUGUCCCCAUGUGCAGUUGCAAACCGUAGUCUGGCUUUUUUAUGGCGGUUUUGGAGCAGUGGCUUCUUGCUUGCUGAGCGGCCUUUCAGGUUAUGUCGAUAUAAGACAUGUUUUUACUGUGGAUAUAGAUACUUUUGUACCUGUUUCCUCCAGCAUCUUCACAAGGUCCUUUGCUGUUGUUUUGGGAUUGAUUUGCACUUUACGCACCAAAGUACAUUAAUCUCUAGGAGACAGAACGCGUCUCCUUCCUGAGCGGUAUGACGGCUGCGUGGUCCCAUGGUGUUUAUACUUGCGUACUAUUGUUUGUACAGAUGAACAUGGUACCUUCAGGCGUUUGGAAAUUGCUCCCAAGGAUGAACCAGACUUGUGGAGGUCUUGGCUGAUUUCUUUUGAUUUUCCCAUGAUGUCAAGCAAAGAGGCACUGAGUUUGAAGGCUGGCCUUGAAAUACAUCCACAGAUACACCUCCAAUUGACUCAAAUGAUGUCAGAAGCUUCUAAAGCCAUGACAUAAUUUUCUAGAAUUUUCCAAGCUGUUUAAAGGCACAGUCAACUUAGUGUAUGUAAACUUCUGAGCCACUGGAAUUGUGAUAAAGUGAAUUAUAAGUGAAAUAAUCUGUCUGUAAACAAUUGUUGGAUAAAUUACUUCUGUCAUGCACAAAGUAGAUGUCCUAACUGACUUGCCAAAACUAUAGUUUGUUUAUCAAGAAAUUUGUAGAGUGGUUGAAAAACUAGUUUUAAUGACUCCAACCUAAGUGUAUGUAAACUUCUGACUUCAACUGUAUGGUAUCAUUUAGUAACCAAAAAAGUGUUAAACAAAUCAAAACAUAUUUUAGAUUUGAGAUUCUUCAAAGUAGCCACCCUUUGCCUUGAUGACAGCUUUGCACACUCUUGGCAUUCUCUCAACCAGCUUUAUGAGGUAGUCACCUGGAAUACAUUUCAAUUAACAGCUGUGCCUUGUUAAACGUUAAUUUGUGGAAUUUCUUUCCUUCUUAAUGCGUUUGAGCCAAUCAGUUGUGUUGUGACAAGGUAGGGGGGUAUACAGAAGAUAGCCCUAUUUGGUAAAAGACCAAGUCCAUAUUAUGUCAAGAAAAGCUCAAAUAAGCAAAGAGAAACGACAGUCCAUCAUUACUUUAAGACAUGAAGGUCAGUCAAUGCGGAAAAUGUCAAGAACUUUGAACGUUUCUUCAAGUGCAGUCGCAAAAACCAUCAAGCGCUGUGAUGAAACUGGCUCUCAUGAGGACCGCCACAGGAAAGGAAGACCCAGAGUUACCUCUGCUGCAGAGUAUAAGUUCAUUAGAGUUACCAGCCUCAGAAAUUGUAGCCCAAAUAAAUGCUUCACAGAGUUCAAGUAACAGACACAUUUCAACAUCAACUGUUCAGAGGAGGCUGCGUGAAUCAGGCCUUCAUGGUCGAAUUGCUGCAAAGAAACCACUACGAAAGGACACCAAUAAGAAGAAGAGACUUGCUUGGGCCAAGAAACAAGAGCAAUGGACAUUAGACCAGUGGAAAUAUGAGUCCAAAUUUGAGAUUCUUGGUUCCAACCGCCGUGUCUUUGUGAGACGCAGAGUAGGUGAACGGAUGAUCUCCGCAUGUGUGGUUCCCACCGUGAAGCAUGGAGGAGGAGGUGUGAUGGUGUGGGGGUGCUUUGCUGGUGACACUGUCUGUGAUUUAUUUACAAUUCAAGCCACACUUAACCAGCAUGGCUACCACAGCAUUCUGCAGCGAUACGCCAUCCCAUCUGGUUUGCACUUAGUGGGACUAUCAUUUGUUUUUCAACAGGACAAUGACCCAACACACUUCCAGGCUGUGUAAGGGCUAUUUGACCAAGAAGGAGAGUGAUGGAGUGCUGCAUGAGAUGACCUGGCAUCCACAAUCACCCUUUACCUCAACCCAAUUGAGAUGGUUUGGGAUGAGUUGGACCGCAGAGUGAAGGAAAAGCAGCCAACAAGUGCUCAGUAUAUGUGGGAACUCCUUCAAGACUGUUGGAAAAGCAUUCCAGGUGAAGCUGUUUGAGAGAAUUUCAAGAGUUUGCAAAGCUGUCAUCCAGGCAAAGGGUGGCUACUUUGAAGAAUCUCAAAUGUUUGUUUAACACUUUUUUGGUUACCUCAUGAUUCCAUAUGUGUUAUUUCAUAGUUUUGAUGUCUUCACUAUUAUUAUACAAUGUAGAAAAUAGUAAAGAAAGAAAGAAAAACCCUUGAAUGAGUAGGUGUGUCCAAACUUUUGACUGGUACUGUACUGGAGAAAUACCAAAAAAAAAUCCAUAACUCUAGGUAUGUAGGACUGGGGUCUGAACGGAUAGUUCAGCGCUUCUGCUCUUUUCUAUAAUCUGUAUGGAACACAAUAUAUGGUCUAUAUUGGCAUGUAGUAUAGGUUUCUCACUUAUUGGUGGUACAAAUGGGAAUCGGCAGGGUAUAUGCAAAUGAAAUACUGUAAUAUUACUAUAGUUUAAAAAACGGUAUUGUUUUUGCGGACUGUAGUGUUUUUGCAGACUGUAGUAUACUGUAGUAUUUACUAUAGUAUUCUACAGUAUACUACAAAAUGAUAUAGUAAGUACUACACAUGAUCGAAGGAUACUAAAGUAUGUAGUUUAGUAUUCUACAGUAUACCACAGUUUACUACAGAAUUCUAUUGUAAGUACUGUAGUAUUUUAUAGUAAACUGUAGUAUUUUUUAAUGUGGGAGUGUGUGGAUGGGGGAGAUUUGUUUAAUUUAAGUAGAUAGAAAGUAAAAGGAGAAGAAGGUGUCAAUAAAAUAACAUAAUAGAGGAAUGUUAUGUGAAGCCAUUGAUAAAUGCUGGAUUCAUCUACUGCAAUCACUUAGCUAUGUUGUAGUUCUAAGUUAGUUGUUUAGAUGCAACUAGUUGCUUUAGACUUUAUAUUUGCAUUCUGUGUUGUAGGCAUGAGCGCAUCCACACAAAGAAAGGUGGUCAAAUGAUGUCAUCAAGCCCCACACACGACGAAGUGGAUGACCUUGUCACCCUGGAAGUACUUGAUGAGGUAGGGGAUUAAAUUGGCUGAAGAUAUUGGAUAUGUAUUAUCAAAAUGGUAAUAGCUUCCCCUUAGCCAAUAGGUGGAAUUGUUAGCCAUGUUGCUAAAAUCUAUUCAAUCCUUUCAGAUCCACACAAAAACAGAAUCGGCUUUGUGUUAAUCAGUGUCAAGGUGGUUAUAUUUUAUUCUCAUAUGGUAUUAAUAACCUAGGUCGGGGAUGGGCAACUGGCGGCCGACUUCCUUUUUUGUAGGCCCACGGAUACAUUUCCAAAAACGGAAGCAACUUUAAUUUUUUCGCUUAGGGCCCCCAAAAGGCUAGGGCCGGCUCUGACUGCAUGUGUGGGUAUGGAUGUGGGUACACAGAUCCAUGAGCCACUGCAGCCCCUCAUGAUGAGUUCAGAUUUUUUGUUGCCCCCAUCCUCAUCAACGCUGCCAUACAUGACCUACACUCUUGGAAAAAAAGGUUCCAAAAUGGUUAUUCGGCUGUCCCCAUAGGAGAACCCUUUUUGGUUCCAGGUAUAACUAUUUUUGGUUCCAGAUAGAACCCUUUUGGGUUAUUUUGGGGUUUCUGUGGAAAGGGUUCUACCUGGAACCAAAAAGGGUUCUUCAAAGGGUUCUCCUAUGGGGACAGCCAAAGAACCCCUUUAGGUUCUAGAUAGCACCUUUUUUCCUAAGAGUGGAGGUUAUUGAUAACCACCCACAGUUUAGGUUAGGAGAGGGUUUCCUCUCAGAAUUACUCCUCUCUAGUCUCUGCACCAGUAUUAAAUGAAUGGGAACAUAGAAGCAAAAUAGCAAUAUUUGUACCAAACACAUUUAGGGUGAUUUAUCAAACUGAGUGCUCCAUUGACAUAUUGAAACAUACAAAUUGCUCAGUCGCCUCGGGAUAUUUUCGCCCAUUCUUCUACAUGGCUGGUUUUGUUUAUAUCCUAGUCUGGGCCGAGGGAGGGGGUGGAAACAGAAUGUAUGUUCUGAGCACAACGCCUAAUGAAAUCAAGGCGGAGAUGAUAAAUGGAACUGAGUCCAGAAUGCUCAUAUUCAUGUAAACAACGACAGUGUACAUUUAUGUUAUGUUGCAUAUUGCUUAUUUAUGCUGACAGAUAUAUCGCCAAUUUACCAACAUACUGUAAGCAAUCCUAAUAAUUGUUAAUCUUACUGCAAUGUUUCCUCAGUAAUCAUUGCACUAAACCUAGGCCCUCAUCAAACGAUACUGAAAUACUGUAUUGACGUCUCAUCUCACAUCAAUUAAUACCUUUGAAUGUCACAAUAUUGAAUGUGCAUGUUUGAUCUCUUCCCAGAAUUCAGUCACAGAGCAGCUUCAGAGGCGCUACGCCAAGGACCAGAUCUAUACCUACGUUGGAGACAUCCUCAUCGCAGUUAACCCAUUUCACAAGAUGGAGCUGUAUAGCCCACAGGUGUGUGUAUGUGUGUGUGUGUGAUGUGUGUUUGUUUGUGUGUGUUCCUGCGAGCGUGUGUGUUAAUUUGGUCAAACACACACUACUGAAUGUACCCGACCAUAUCUCAUUAGGGCCUCAGUGCCCCACUUCCUCUCUCCUCUGUUUCACUUCCACACUCCCGCUGUGUCUCUCACUCGCUCUCUCUCUCUCUAUCUCGCUCUCUCUUCCACUCUUCACUGGCCACACUUUUCCAUUUAUCACAAGGUUUCUUGACAACCUCUCUUUUUAGAGUGUAUGCAGUUCUGGAAAAAGUAUUAUUUUGUAGUGGAACUGCUGAUGUUUUUGUAAUUGAACCCUUCAAGACCAAAUGCCAUGAUACUACUGUUAAGUUAUAUUGUCCAAUGUGGCAUGUUGUACAUAAUUAAACUAGUCAUUACUUAGAAUAGUAGCACCUGCACUGAUGAGUGUGUAUCUUGCACUGUAAUGGGAAUAAACACAUUUUUGAAAAUUGCUUAAAAAGAUUCUCCGGUACUUUUGUGUACUUUCUAGCCAGUAGUUCUGAAAAUAGUUCUGAAAGUAGUGCUCACGAGCCAAAAGUGGUACCACGUCAUUGCUCUCAAGUUUCAAGUUUUAUUAGUCGUAUGUAUGGGAUACAUAUGGUAUACACCGUCCAACGAAAUGCUUACUUGCAGGUUCCUUCUCAGCAAUGCAACAACAAUUAGAAAUUAGAAAAGGAAUACGAACAUAAAGUAAAUGGCUCACUCUCACUCUGCUGUGUGUGCAUGAUAUGCCUCUUGCUAACAGUCACUCAAUUGGCGAGGGGCUGAAGCUCAUUGGUUGAACUCGAAUUGCUAGGGGGCUGGCCCACCUGGGGGAAAAUGGCACAGCCUCCAGAAAAACAGUCACUUUCAAACUAGGGAUUUUGUGGCUAAUUGAUGUAAAACCGUAAUUCUGCUCAUAGAUUAUGCAUGUAUGAAUUACACAUUGACACAUCCAGCCCAAAGAGGAAGGUUUAAAAAAUACAUAUUAUUCGCCAAAGUUCCGGAGCGUGUCUUUAAUCUCUUUCUCUUUUUGCUAUACUAGAAGGCAGCUAGAAAGUUGUUUUAUUUUGAUUUAGCCCAUAUUAGCUGCACAUAGUGUAGCAAGCUUACUUGUUGGUAUCAAAUUCAAAUGAAAUCCCCUUACAUGUGCCUUAUCCUUUUCCUUGCACAGUACACAAAGAUGUACAUAGGAGCUAAACGCACUGCCAACCCGCCACACAUCUUUGCUGUCGCUGACAUAGCCUACCAGUCCAUGGUGUCAUACAACGCAGACCAGGUACACGAGUCCAUUUCAACUAUAAUGUAUGAAUGAUACAGUACAUUCUGUAUGUGCUGUAUAAGCAUAGCAACAUGUCAGUAGAUCAGAAUACCAUAGUAACUGGUGAUUGGUUGUUUCUGUGCAGUGCAUUAUCAUCAGUGGAGAGAGCGGUGCAGGAAAGACAGAGAGCGCCCAUCUAUUGGUCCAGCAGCUCACAGUGCUUGGAAAGGUGAGAUAAAAAAUUACUAGAAUGUAAUUACAGCACUUCAUGUUCACUUGUGAUAGCAAACAUGAUACUUUGCCUGUUACAGCACAACAUUGCAGAUCAUGUUUUUAUUGUUACUCAUCACUUAAAAUUAUAUGUUUUAUGCUGAUCGUCCAUAUCUUUGCAGGCCAAUAAUCGAUCACUCCAAGAGAAGAUCCUAUUGGUCAAUAACUUGGUGGAGGCUUUUGGGAACGCGUGCACCGCCAUCAACGACAACUCCAGCCGCUUCGGGAAAUACCUGGAGAUGAAGUUUACCUGUGGGGGGACCGUUGUCGGAGCGCAAAUCUCUGAAUACCUCCUGGAGAAAUCCCGCGUCAUCCAUCAGGCCACGUAAAACCUCUCAGACAGCUUUACUAAGGCAUUCAUAUGGCCCUCAUCUGACUUGCACAUAGCCUUCAUGUAAUAUGUAUAAGGCAUUCUUGUGACUUUCAUAUGACAACAACAUUCAGAUUGUGGCCAAUGGCCAAUUAAUAUGUGUGUCCAUCUAUUUGCUCAAAAGUCAUUACUUCUAUAAUUUCUUAGCAGCCUCUGGUCAAGCAGGGCAAGGGAUAAUUGGGAGAUGUUUUUCUCUGUCCCUCUGAAGCUGGUGGAACUGCCUUCCCACUGCAGUUUAUUCCUCCUGUUGUAUUAUCCCAUGGCCAGGGAGUGCAGAGGGUCGAGUGAGAGGGGAUAGCUUAUUUCCUGUUUGAUCAAAGAUUCUAGCUCUCGAUGUCUCCUCAUUGGGGCUUCAAAGGGUGACUUUUUGCUCUUGGGAGAUAAAUUCAGACUAAGGGUGAAGGAUCGGUGCACUCUCUGAGAGUAAUGUUGUCUGUCAGUUAACUCUGUGCCUACUGCCUAGAUUCAAAGUGCCAAUUCUCUCCUGGGGUUAUAUUGUCUUUGGUGCCAAAAGUCGAUUUUCUUCUGGAAUGGAAAAAUAUAUGUGGGGGAAAUAAAAUUAUAUUAUAAAUAAGUGGUAUAAAUGUAACCCUCAUGAAGCCUAUAAUCGGGUGUGAUAAGUAUUGCAUGACAAAUAGCUUUAAAACUGAUGACAGUCUAUCACAAUUGACUUAACACAGCAGUCUAGAUUAGCUUGGUUGCUUGCCAAUUAUGUGUUUCAGAGUACAUCUUACUGUAUCUUUGGCUUUUUAUGAGAUUGUAAAUAGGCUUCUGGUAAUCCUAGGCAAUCAUAGCUGACAGACUUGGAUGUGAUUAAUAUUCUUUGUGUUUCAAUCAUCAAACAUAUUAAUGUGAUGACAUAUUCCUGUCCUGUGACUGUCCUUACAGAGGUGAGAAGAACUUCCACAUAUUCUACUACGUCUACGCUGGUUUAGCCGAGAGGAAGAAACUUGCCCACUACAAGCUAUCAGACAGCAAAACCCCAAAGUAGGUCCCACAAUUAACCUUCCUAUCUCUCUUAACACUAUAAUUUCCUAAUAACCUACUCUGCUGCCUUAACCCCCCAAUCAUGACCUUAUUUGUGGUUCAUUUUUCUUUCUUCUGUCCCAGGUAUCUGUUCAACGAGCACAUUAAAUUGGGCCCUGACAUAGUGAACAACACCUUCUACAAGGAGCAGUUUGACGCGGUGGAACAGUGUUUCAAAGUCAUCGGCUUUACCCUGGAGGUACAUACACUACAGGACAUUGGGUUCAUUACUGAUUCCUAAAGCAAAUAAAACCUCCUGUCCCAAGGUUACACACAUAACCGUUCUCAGUUAAAGCCUGGAGAAUAUUUUACUAGGUUGCUCUCUAUGUGGAGAGUGUCUUUGCCAUGUUAUGAUGCUUUAUUUAAAAAAAAUGUAUGUAUGUUUCGUCACAAAUGGCUCCUAUUUUAUUCUCUUGGUUGUGAAAAGGGGAAAUUAUAAUAAAUGAUGAAUUCAAAGGAAAAAAGUAAUUAAUGUGCAAUAGCCUAUGUGAAAUGUGCAAUUACCAUGAAGCAGUUCCUGGUUGAAUAGUCAAGACAUUGAUUUCCAGUGUUGUUCUUAGCUGUCAUAUGAGUCAGUGUGGACCAUGGCAUGAUGCUUUGUUCAGUUUGCAAUUAGCAACAUGGACACUGAUGAAGCCCAAGGAAGUGCCAUAAAUAACUGAUUGCCUCUGGGGUCCUCAAGUCAAUAGUACUUAUGGUACAUACAGUAUAAUCACUAUAAUCACUAACCACUCUGCUAGUACAGCUACCUCCCAUUCUCCUGUCUACCUUGCACAUAAAGACAGGGUGCAUCUAAAGUGCAUCUCUGAUUGGGAUUAAAUUGAUUUUGAUUUGAUUUGAUUUGAUUUAUUAGGAUCCCCAUUAGCCGACACCAAUGGCGAUAGCUAGUCUUACUGUGGUCCGACACAUAACGAAAAGACAUUACAGACAAAAUACUUUACAAUUUACUUACAUUUAAAAACAUUAACAUGAAGUGUGUGUGCGUGUGUGUGUGUGUGUGUGUGUGUGUGUGUGUGUGUGUGUGUGUGUGUGCAUCUAUCAGUUACACAUGCAUGUCAGUACAUACACACAACAAGUAGGUCACAUGGAGGAGAGGUGUUCAAAACCAUACUAGCUUUUAACCUUGCAAGCUUUUGGAUAGCAGCUCCCCAUCAAGAGAGAGCAGAGUUAUUAUGAGCUUGUCAGUGAUGUCAGUCUGAGUAUAGUGACAUUAGGACUUGGCAUGUGACAGUGAUGCCAAAGCCAUCAAAUAGACUUUGUAUGAUGUAGGAAUUCUGUCCGGCUGUAGGCUACCAAGACCCAAUGCUAUUAACUAAGUAGUUCCAAUAGAACCACUGAAUCUAUGAAAAAACCAUCAGAUGAAAUCUACAAAUGAGUAUUCCAUGACUUUGUAUCAAAUUAUGAAUGUGCUAUAUUCUGAACAAUAAGGUCAAGUUUAACCAUACAUUUUGAACCCUUAGGAGCUGGGCAGUGUGUACAGCACUCUGGCUGCUAUCCUAAACUCAGGCGACAUUGAGUUUGCCUCUGUGGCCUCAGAGCACCAAACCGACAAAAGCAACAUCUCCAACAUAGCAGUUCUGGAGAAUGGUGAGACACAGACGCACAGUUCAGCCCCUGGUGUGAUGUAAAGCUAACAUGACUCUCACCUCUUUCCCCCUAAUGCCUGUUACCUCUCCAGAGAGGCCAACCUAGCGUGAACAGUGGAGAUAUAAAGCACUACAGUAUCUCAAGCCUGUUUACAUGCAUUUCCUUUACAUUCAGGCUUGAUACGCCUGACAUGGGGACUUAGUUGUGUUUGAUUAUUUUAAUUUAUCCCCAUAGGAUAACCCUUUGAAGAACCCUUUUUGGUUCCAGGUAGAACUGUUUUGGUUCCAGGUAGAACCCUUUUGGGUUCCAUGUAAAAACCUUUCCAGAGAGGGUUCUACAUGAAACCCAAAAGGGUUCUCCUAUGGGGACAGCCGAAGAACCCUUUUGGAACCCUUUUUUCUAAGAGUGUAGUCUUGCAUCUGUAUCAUGGUGUGAGAGCCAGUUAUCUUAUUUUACCAGCUGCAGUUUGAAGAAAUGUUAUCUCGUUUUGAUAAAUAUGAAUGUGUGUGUCUAUGUCAGGAUGGCUGUAUUUAUGUCUGUGUGUGUGUUGAGAUUUGUGUUGUUGUUUAUGUGGUGUGUCAUGUAUGGUUUUGUUUUGCUGAUGCGUGCAUGUGGGAUAUCUGCAUGUCUUCUUAAAGGACUUAUUAUUUUCUACUAUGUCUGUUAUGUGUAAAGUACAUGUACAGGAUAUCUCUCUGAAUGUGUAAAUCUACAUUUUCAUCAUGUUUAUGUACACAUACAGUAUAUCGUCCCAACAAUGUCCUCCCUGCUGCAUGUCUACCCAUACUACAUGUCUAUAUCCAUGUUUAUAUGCAUGUUUUCUGUGUUGUCUCUGCAAAUCUACAUGCAAACCUCACUACUGCAGGACCGCUUCUAUGGUGACAACAUCCAGUAUCUAUACAUUCUUUCCAUCCCUGGGUUUCUCCCCACAGCGGCGUCGCUGCUGUGUAUCCGUCCAGACGAGCUCCACGAGGCCCUGACGUCCCACUGCGUAGUAGCCCGGGGCGAGACCAUCGUCAGGCCCAACACGGUGGAGAAGGCCACGGAGGUGAGGGACGCCAUGGGCAAGGCCCUGUACGGCAGGCUCUUCAGCUGGAUCGUCAACCGCAUCAACACCCUGCUCCGACCCGACACACACCUAGGGUAAGAGAGCAUGUGUGUAUGUGUGUGUAGAGGAUACCCUGAAAAUAAACAUAAACCUCACUAGUAGAUGCUAAUCAUAAUGACUGUCAUCAUUAUAAACCUUCCUGAUCUUUCUCUCUCCACCUCAUAGUCUCUAAUGCUCUUCCUUAAUACCUAAUCAUUUCUGAUCUCCCCUGACAGAGAGGAUGACAAGGGCCUGAACAUUGGCAUCCUGGACAUCUUUGGCUUUGAGAACUUCAAGAGGAACUCAUUUGAGCAGCUCUGCAUCAACAUUGCCAACGAACAGAUCCAGUUCUACUUCAACCAACACAUAUUCGCCUGGGAGCAGGUAGCCCAUUCCUCCUUGUCGCUAAAAUAGCCGUCUCUCUCUGACAUAGUAUGAAUACUCAUUUGAGUGUGCCUAUGCCUCCAGGGAAGCAUUUCAAAGCACUUUUCACCUUGGAUAUGACUUAAUUUACAUCUAAAUGGUGAUAACGCGUCAUCGUUUGUCACCUGGCUCUUUAACAGAGUGCAUGAGGGUGAAAUAUCCUUCCGUUUGUAUUUACGAUGGGGAAAGGGUUGACGAUUCCCUAGCUGUCAUCUCUGGGGUGCGCUUUUGCCUCGGGGCAGAGAAUGGUUUGCUCAUGUUAAAUGCUUUAGUCUAACCCCAUAGAGAGGUUCCAUAAAUCAUUGCAAAGGAGGGUCAAUUAGGAGUUAAAGACAGUUGUAGGACUUAAACUCACACCAGGGCAAAGUCUGGCAUAAGGCCCGGAUAUAUACAGUCGUGGUCAAAAGUUUUGAGAAUGACACGAAUACUAAUUUUCACAAAGUCUGCUGCCUCAGUUUUGAUGAUGGCAAUUUGCAUAUACUCCAAAACGUCAUGAAGAGUGAUCAGAAGAAUUGCAAUUAAUUGCAAAGUCCCUCUUUGCAAUGAAAAUGAACUUAAUCCCCCAAAAACAUUUCCACUGCAUUUCAGCCCUGCCACAAAAGGACCAGCUGCCAUCAUGUCAGUGAUUCUCUCGUUAACACAGGUGAGAGUGUUGACGAGGACAAGGCUGGAGAUCACUCUGUCAUGCUGAUUGAGUUAGAAUAACAGACUGGAAGCUUUAAAAGGAGGGUGGUGCUUGAAAUCAUAGUUCUUCCUCUGUUAACCAUGGUUACCUGCAAGGAAACACGUGCUGUCAUCAUUGCUUUGCACAAAAAGGGCUUCACAGGCAAGGAUAUUGCUGCUAGUAAGAUUGCACCUAAAUCAACCAUUUAUCGGAUCAUCAACAACUUCAAGGAGAGCGGUUCAAUUGUUGUGAAGACGGCGUCAGGGCGCCCAAGAAAGUCCAGCAAGCACCAGGACCGUCUCCUAAAGUUGAUUCAGCUGCGGGAUCGGGGCACCACCAGUGCAGAGCUUGCUCAGGAAUGGCAGCAGGCAGGUGUGAGUGCAUCUGCACGCAUAGUGAGGCGAAGACUUUUGGAGGAUGGCCUGGUGUCAAGAAGGGCAGCAAAGAAGCCACUUCUCUCCAGGAAAAAGAUCAGGGACAGACUGAUAUUCUGCAAAAGGUACAGGGAUUGGACUGCUGAGGACUGGGGUAAAGUCAUUUUCUCUGAUGAAUCCCCUUUCCGAUUGUUUGGGGUACCCGGAAAACACCUUGUCCGGAAAAGACAAGGUGAGCGCUACCAUCAGUCCUGUGUCAUGCCAACAGUAAAGCAUCCUGAGACCAUUCAUGUGUGGGGUUGCUUCUCAGCCAAGGGAGUGGGCUCACUCACAAUUUUGCCUAAGAACACAGCCAUGAAUAAAGAAUGGUACCAACACAUCCUCCGAGAGCAACUUCUCCCAACCAUCCAAGAACAGUUUGGUGACGACCAAUGCCUUUUCCAGCAUGAUGGAACACCUUGCCAUAAGGCAAAAGUGAUAACUAAGUGGCUCGGGGAACAAAACAUCGACAUUUUGGGUCCAUGUCCAGGAAACUCCCCAGACCUUAAUCCCAUUGAGAACUUGUGGUCGAUCCUCAAGAGGCGGGUGGACAAACAAAAACCCACAAAUUCUGACAAACUCCAAGCAUUGAUAAUGCAAGAAUGGGCUGCCAUCAGUCAGGAUGUGGCCCAGAAGUUAAUUGACAGCAUGCCAGGGCGGAUUGCAGAGGUCUUGAAAAAGAAGGGUCAACACUGCAAAUAUUGACUCUUUGCAUAAACUUAAUGUACUUGUCAAUAAAAGCCUUUGACACUUAUGGAAUGCUUGUAAUUAUACUUCAGUAUACCAUAGUAACAUCUGACAAAAAUAUCUCAUAACACUGAAGCAGCGAACUUUGUGAAGACCAAUACUUGUGUCAUUCUCAAAACUUUUGACCACGACUGUAUAUACAGUUGAAGUUGGAAGUUUACAUACACUUAGUUUGGAGUCAUUAAAACUCGUUUUUCAACCACUCCAUCAAUUUCUUGUUAACAAACUAUAGUUUUGGCAAGUCGGUUAGGACAUUUACUUUGUGCAUGACACAAGUAAUUUUUCCAACAAUUGUUUACAGACAGAUUAUUUUUCUUAUAAUUCACUGUAUCACAAUUCCAGGGGGUCAGAAGUUUACAUACACUAAGUUGACUGUACUUUAAAACAGCUUGGAAAAUUCCAGAAAAUGAUUUCAUGGCUUUAGAAGCUUCUGAAAGGCUAAUUGACAUAAUUUGAGUCAAUUGGAGGUGUACCUGUGGAUGUAUUUCAAGGCCUACCUUCAAACUCAGUGCCUCUUUGCUUGACAUCAUGGGAAAAUCAAAAGAAAUCAGCCAAGACCUCAGAAAAGAAAUUGUAGCCCUCCACAAGUCUGGUUCAUCCUUGGGAACAAUUUCCAAAUGCCUGAAGGUACCACAUUCAUCUGUACAAACAAUAGUACGCAAGUAUAAACACCUUGGGACCACACAGCCGUCAUACCGCUCAAGAAGGAGAUAAGUUCUGUCUCCUAGAGAUUAACGUACUUUGGUGCGAAAAGUGCAAAUCAAUCCCAGAACAACAGCAAAGGACCUUGUGAAGAUGCUGGAGGAAAGAGGUACAAAAGUAUCUAUAUCCACAGUAAAACAAGUCCUAUAUCGACAUAACCUGAAAGGCCGCUCAGCAAGCAAGAAGCCACUGCUCCAAAACCGCCAUAAAAAAGCCAGACUACGGUUUGCAACUGCACAUGGGGACAAAGAUCGUACUUUUUGGAGAAAUGUCCUCUGGUCUGAUGAAACAAAAAUAGAACUGUUUGGCCAUAAUGACCAUCGUUAUGUUUGGAGGAAAAGGUGGGUAGCUUGCAAUCCGGAGAACAUCAUCCCAACCAUGAAGCACGGGGGUGGCAGCAUCAUGCUGUGGGGGUGCUUUCCUGCAGGAGGGACUGGUGCACUUCACAAAAUAGAUGGCAUCAUGAGGAAGGAAAACUAUGUGGAUAUAUUGAAGCAACAUCUCAAGACAUCAGUCAGGAAGUUAAAGCUUGGUCGCAAAUAGGUCUUCCAAAUGGACAAUGACCCCAAGCAUACUUCCAAAGUUGUGGCAAAAUGGCUUAAGGACAACAAAGUCAAGGUAUUGGAGUGGCCAUCACAAAGCCCUGACCUCAAUCCUAUAGAACAUUUGUGGGCUGAACUGAAAAAGCGUGUGUGAGCAAGGAGUCCUGCAAACCUGACUCAGUUACACCAGCUCUGUCAGGAGGAAUGGGCCAAAAUUCACCCAACUUAUUGUGGGAAGCUUGUGGAAGGCUACCCGAAACGUUUGACCCAAGUUAAACAAUUUAAAGGCAAUGCUACCAAAUACUAAUUGAGUGUACAGUGGGGGAAAAAAGUAUUUAGUCAGCCACCAAUUGUGCAAGUUCUCCCACUUAAAAAGAUGAGAGAGGCCUGUAGUUUUCAUCAUAGGUACACGUCAACUAUGACAGACAAAGUGAGAUUUUUUUUCUCCAGAAAAUCACAUUAUGAAUUUAUUUGCUAAUUAUGGUGGAAAAUAAGUAUUUGGUCACCUACAAACAAGCAAGAUUUCUGGCUCUCACAGACCUGUAACUUCUUCUUUAAGAGGCUCCUCUGUCCUCCACUCGUUACCUGUAUUAAUGGCACCUGUUUGAACUUGUUAUCAGUAUAAAAGACACCUGUCCACAACCUCAAACAGUCACACUCCAAACUCCACUAUGGCCAAGACCAAAGAGCUGUCAAAGGACACCAGAAACAAAAUUGUAGACCUGCACCAGGCUGGGAAGACUGAAUCUGCAAUAGGUAAGCAGCUUGGUUUGAAGAAAUCAACUGUGGGAGCAAUUAUUAGGAAAUGGAAGACAUACAAGACCACUGAUAAUCUCCCUCGAUCUGGGGCUCCACGCAAGAUCUCUCCCUGUGGGGUCAAAAUGAUCACAAGAACGGUGAGCAAAAAUCCCAGAACCACACGGGGGACCUAGUGAAUGACCUGCAGACAGCUGGGACCAAAGUAACAAAGCCUACCAUCAGUAACACACUACGCCGCCAGGGACUCAAAUCCUGCAGUGCCAGACGUGUCCCCCUGCUUAAGCCAGUACAUGUCCAUGCCCGUCUGAAGUUUGCUAGAGUGCAUUUGGAUGAUCCAGAAGAGGAUUGGGAGAAUGUCAUAUGGUCAGAUGAAACCAAAAUAUAACUUUUUGGUAAAAACUCAACUCGUCGUGUUUGGAGGACAAAGAAUGCUGAGUUGCAUCCAAAGAACACCAUACCUACUGUGAAGCAUGGGGGUGGGAACAUCAUGCUUUGGGGCUGUUUUUCUGCAAAGGGACCAGGACGACUGAUCCGUGUAAAGGAAAGAAUGAAUGGGGCCAUGUAUCAUGAGAUUUUUAGUGAAAACCUCCUUCCAUCAGCAAGGGCAUUGAAGAUUAAACGUGGCUGGGUCUUUCAGCAUGACAAUGAUCCCAAACACACCGCCCGGGCAACGAAGGAGUGGCUUCGUAAGAAGCAUUUCAAGGUCCUGGAGUGGCCUAGCCAGUCUCCAGAUCUCAACCCCAUAGAAAAUCUUUGGAGGGAGUUGAAAGUCCGUGUUGCCCAGCGACAGCCCCAAAACAUCACUGCUCUAGAGGAGAUCUGCAUGGAGGAAUGGGCCAAAAUACCAGCAACAGUGUGUGAAAACCUUGUGAAGACUUACAGAAAACGUUUGACCUGUGUCAUUGCCAACAAAGGGUAUAUAACAAAGUAUUGAGAAACUUUUGUUAUUGACCAAAUACUUAUUUUCCACCAUAAUUUGCAAAUAAAUUCAUUAAAAAUCCUACAAUGUGAUUUUCUGGAUUUUUUUCCCUCAUUUUGUCUGUCAUAGUUGACGUGUACCUAUGAUGAAAAUUACAGGCCUCUCUCAUCUUUUUAAGUUGGAGAACUUGCACAAUUGGUGGCUGACUAAAUACUUUUUUUCCCCACUGUAUGUAAACUUCUGACCCACUGGGAAUGUGAUGAAAGAAAUAAAAGCUGAAAUAAAUCAUUCUCUCUACUAUUAUUCUGACAUUUCACAUUCUUAAAAUAAAGUGGUGAUCCUAACUGACCUAAGACAGGGAAUUUUUACUAGGAUUAAACGUGAAAAACUGAGUUUAAAUGUAUUUGGCUAAGGUGUAUGUAAACUUACGACUUCAACUGUAUAUAUAUAUAUAUAUAUAUAUAUAUAUAUACAUACAUAUAAACUGUAUGUACAGAACGCAAGGCUUUUUCUACAGUGCUAAGUGUACAAUAUAUUUGCCUAGAAUAUCCUGACUAAAUUCUGCACAGUAAGCAAUCUGUAAAACAAUGUGUAUCUCUUCCUAACGAUCAUCCCGAUAUUGUAACAUCAGGCUUUUGAUAGACUACAUCCUUCCUGAAGAGAGCAAGGAUAUUUACUUGUUUUUAUCAGGCGAACAAUAAAGAGCAAAGCCUGAGGAACAAGUUCUUCUGAUGCUUUUCUAUGUCCCUCUGUUGUUCUGGAAUGCUUUGUUUUGUUUCCUCAGGCUGUUAUUUCAGCAGCAUUGUCCUACUGUCCUGAGAAAUUUAGAAUGACUUUACCUGAGGCUAAUGCUGUGUUCUGUUCCAGAUAUUAGAUGCCUUGUGUGUUUGCGUGAGCGUGUCUGUGAACAUGGGUACAUAAAAGUAGAGCAGGGCAAUAUGGACAAAAAUCCAUAUUGCGAUACAUUGCCUGAAUUGAUGCCAUAACGAUCAAUAGAAAUUAAUGUGCACCACCAUUUUUUAUUAUCCUUUAAACUACUACUAGUAGUUUGAUGGUUGUAGCCAUCAAUUGUCCCAUUAACAAUCCCCCAUAUUAGCAAACUUAUUUCAUUUAAGCUUCACAUUUCUCUAGUAUAGGCUACUUAUCAUAAUGAACGAUAUCAGCAAAAUACCUGCGAUAAGUGAUCGGUAUGGUCAGUGUCGCUAAUUUUCGGUUUGUCGUCCCAGCUCUACCUAAAAGCUUUGACAUUGUAUUUUCAUUUUGUGCUUCACCUCUAGAGAGACAUAUACUGUAUGUUCUGUGAUGUUGCUGACUCAUAGUUGGGCCUAGACUUUAUCAGGUGAGCCAAACAUGAAGAACUAAACUAAACCUACCCAGGGUGAUGUUAUCUGUCAGAUAUGGUUAUGGUUUAAUUCAAAACCAGCUUCACCGUUCCAAUUUAAACCUUUCUGUCCCUUACCAUCUCCUAUAGGAUGAGUACCUGAAUGAGGAUGUGGACGCCAGGGUGAUUGAGUAUGAGGACAACCGUCCUCUCCUGGACCUGUUCCUGCAGAAGCCCAUGGGUAUGCUGUCACUGCUGGACGAGGAGAGCCGCUUUCCCCAAGCCACCGACCAGACCCUCGUAGGCAAGUCCCCACACAGUCCUCACUCAGUCUUUGUGUAGCUACUAAGAUCUAAUCCCAAUGCCUCAGGGCAGUGAUUGGUGUCCUGGUUAAAUGCCCAACUUGGCCCUAUUUCCAUCAUGGCCAUCCAAUAGGUGUUCUGGCAGAAAUUGGUUGUCGUGCAUUACCCAAGUCACUGCUACACAUUGGUGGUGGAUGAGGUGAGCUCCCUCCAUUACUACGUAAAGCGCUUUGGGUGUCUAGAAAAGCGCUAUAUAAGUCCAAUAAAUUAUUAUUAUUAUUAUUACGAAGUGCACACCAGUUUUAUCCAAUUAGCUAAGCCACUCAUCCACUCAAGUCAUGAAUAAUUCAAAAGGUUAAUUUAAGAGGACCUAAAGGUAGUUUAAACAUUGCUAUUUAAAUAAUUAGCAACCUUGCAAGUAUGUUAUGUGGAUGCAUUUUUGCUUAUUCUGUCAUUCAAUUAUGUUUACAUGCUUAGCAAGCCAGCUUGGACUGCUAGUAAAUUAACCUGUGUGAACUUUGUCCAUUGUAGAAAAGUUUGAAGACAACCUGAAAUCCAAAAACUUUUGGAGACCGAAGAGGGUGGACCUUGGCUUUGGAAUUCAUCACUAUGCUGGGAAGGUUAUAAGGCCUCCUGUCUAAUACAUCAAAUACAUGUUUUAGGUCAAAUAUUUAGCAUUUGGCGAUAAUAAUUUAAAAAGACAGGAAAUGGGCACCCCAACCCUAAAUGUGAAUAACAGUAGCAGGUGUAAUAAGCUGAGUUUGCUGUAAAACCAUGUUUGUGCAUACAGGUCUUCUUACCCCCUCUGUUGAUCAUGUUUAGGUGAUCUACAAUGCUGCAGGCUUCCUCUCUAAGAACAGAGAUACACUGCCGGCAGAUAUUGUUCUUCUGCUGAGGUCGUCAGAAAAUCAGCUGAUUCGCAAACUGGUCACCCACCCUCUCACCAAAACAGGUAAACACACAUGGCCUAAUAACAACACUGUCUCUUAGCACAAUCAACUAACCUAUGUUUUCACUUUGUAUGUCAUAAUUGAGGUAGUCUCUCAAAUGUACAGUUUUCUUGUCAAGCAAGGCAUUUAUUUUUUUUCCCAUCUGACUCUCUACAUUUACAUUUACAUUUUCAUCAUUUAGCAGACGCUCUUAUCCAGAGCGACUUAACUCUAGACUUGCCUUGUGGUGAUUAUUCAAAUAUCAUAUCGUAACAACCUCAAUAUUUAUCAUAAAUUAAUGCCGCUGUAAACAAAUGUGUUUAUUUGUCGAAAUCGAAAUGCUAAAUGCCAAAGAACCAAAGAAAACCGGUCCAUGUCACUUUUUACAGUGCGGCCUAUUGUUAUUGGAGGCCGGGCUUUUGUUGUGAAAAGCUGGUCCUUGCAGCGUGAGUACCCUUCAUAGGCAGAGGACGCGGCCCUUCUGAGCCCAAAUCCAAUCAGCAAUCCCAUAAUCACUCUUUAAUAUAUUUUAUUGAGCUACGGCAACCUCUCCUCCCCCUUUGUACUGUCAUUCCCACUGACCUCAUGAAAGCUAACACGAUGACAUGCUAGCAUGCUACAAAGAGCGAGUCCACUUCUCUAUAGCUGUGUGCUAUUGAAAUAGCAUCGGCCUGUAGCUAUACACUUGACAUUAUCAAGUGACAUGGAAAUUCUGGAUAUGUUUGUUGAUGAAUUUGCACGGCAGAUGUUGCAUCACUAAUGUUGAUUUUCAGAUUGCCUUCUCUUGCUAACUUAGUAUUUUCCCUCUUUAGAGUAACUUGCUCUAUGGGGUCAAGCUUGUUUAGUUUUUUCUCCCACAUAUUCCCUCCACCUUCUUCCAUUUUAGUACAACUUGAUUUGGUUAUAUUAAAUAUAAAUGUGCACUUGCAUGUCUAACUACUGCCAUUUUGUUUUUCCAUGAAGGCGCUGAUUGCCAGCUAUCUCACUAACUCUUUCCUCUUUGAAACUGUGGUGUAGCUUGUCCUUUUGUUAUAAACUUCUCUCCCUCUAUCUCUCUAUCCUCUAGGCAACUUGGCCCACACUAAGGGUAAAGGGAUGAACACACUCAUGAGCAUGCCUCGCACCCCAGCACACCCUCAACGCACCAUGAACUUUGCCAAGGUACGGGUAUAAGAUUUUCUAACUUAUUUUCCUUUAUACACCCUCAAACAAAGUUUAUAGUUCUGUCGCAUUUACUUUCUUGCUUCCCUUUUCCAAUCCAGUAACGUUAACUGUCCUACUUGUAAUUCCAUGUCAAAACAUUUUUCAGUCUCACUUUCUCUUUCAGACAAACUAACCUUUUGUGUCCUCUCUGACUUUCUCUCUCUCUCUCUCUCUCUCUCUCUCUCUCUCUCUGUCUCCCCUGUCUCUCUCUCUGCGUUUUCCUCGUAAAGAUGGGAGUGCUUAAGUUAUUCAGUUCUAGCAUGUCACUUGGUGAGGUAAUGGCAAUCUCUCUGUCUAUGUUGUAUCUAUGUUGUAUGGCAAACCAUCUACCCACCCCUAGGAAAUAAUAAGACUAGUCGUUUUACAUUUGUUUUUGUUCAUGGCUCGUCCAAUUCCCAUCCUUUCGUAUUUCCCUUUCAAUAGAUGAGAGUGAGAAUCUAUGAGUGUGGGUGCAAAAGCAGUCUUUUCGAUUUUCAUUAGAACCUCAGAGUGAAUUGAUUGUCUGAUUAGAUGUUAAAGGAGAGGCUUUCAUGUGCAUACUACUGGUAAUUUUUAUAUUUUCUCAUUUACCUAGGUUUAAUGGGGUUAUUUCUGUUUAUGACACCAUGCCUCAUGAUAUUGACUAGUUUUGAGGAAGUGCCCUUCACGCACUCGUAAGAGGUUGAAGUCAUAACAUGAUCAACUUAAAGUUGUUUGUUGUAUUUCUGCAUGACAACCUAAAGUUACCCCUAGAACUUAUCUUACCCACAAAAAGGGCACAACCCUUUACUUUCUAGCACACCACACUAAUCUGAUAGUUAGGGGAAGGUCACAAUUCCCACUUUGUCAAACCAAUUUGUAUACCUGAGGGCCAUUGGCAGAGGCUAAACCUGGCAAUUAACUGUCUUUGAUGAGUACAUGAAUGUAUUUCCAUUCAUCUGCAUAUUUUACAUUUCUGCCUAAGAAAGCACAAGAAAGCACAUCAAAGACUCCUCCGCUAGUCAUGAGAGUGAGUGUCAUUUUAGCAAUGUUUUAGGCUCAUGGUGUAAAGGUAUGUUUUGUCAGUGCUGUUGCUUUGUAGUGAGCAAUGUGACUCAACCUUGCUGCAAUUUUUUUCUUGCAUGUGCAAUGUUUCAAGGUUCAUAUUUGGCUGUGUCCCAGAUAAGCAUAUAUUUGCAUUUUGUAUCUGCACUCUCCUUAUUACUCUGCAAAUGAGAACAUUGUCUGAGAUUCUCAGAAGGCAUUGUAUGGAAUGAGAAAAGUCCCACUGAUUUUCAAGUGUCAUAAUUUUUUUUAAAUGGCAGUUUCACCAAUGAUCAUAAGCAGGAAAAUAGCUGGUUUCUCUGUGGUAAAAUCUUCAUAAUGCUUGCCAUAACUCGCAAUGAAAUUUGAAACAAACUGACUUAACACAUACAUCCCCUUAUGAUCAAGUGGUCACUGUCCUUUGUCACAAACGUCUAAUUUGGUACCUCUGAAGUCAAUACUCAGCAUUAAACAUUUAAAACAAGUUGUCAUUAUGCAGACUUGAUUCCUAACUUGGCUCGUGUUUGUUUACGCUUCCUCUUUAUGCAUCUCUUGCAGCCUUCUUCUCGGAAAUUAACGCUCACCCCAGAAAAAAAACACACGCCUUUCUUGCCUCUCGAUCACACAGUACAUAUUCAAACGGUGAUUGGUGAUUUUCAAAAUUUUGUGCUUUUCACACAACAACAAAAAUGAGAAACAUUUCAUGAGAAAAUAUGAUACACAGAUAAGGCUUCUGAAUGUUAAUAUCCAAUUCAGGCUGUUAUUUACAGGACAGUAUAAACCUGCCUAUUUUGGGGUUCAGAGCCCUCAUCUAACCCAUCAUUGCUUUUCAUAUUAAUUACACAUUGAUGAAUAACUUCCAAUCCAUAAUGAUCUUAUACUCGUACCGUUCAGUCAAUAAAAAAUAAAAAAUAAUAUUCUACAACAUCUUUUAGGGCCAGUUUCACGGACUGAGAUUAAGCCUUGGUUUUAAAAUCAUUCUCAGUGGAGAAUCUCCAAUGACAUGGCUUUUAAAUCCAAGACUGAGCUUAAUCUGUGUCCGGAAAACUGGCCUAUAGUAUUUUACAGUGCCUUCGGAAAGUAUUCAGACCCCUUGACUUUUUCCACAUUUUGUUAGGUUACAGCCUUAUUCUAAAAUUGAUGAAAUUGUAUUUUUUUUCUUUAUUCAUCUACACACAAUACCCCAUAAUGACAAAGCAAAAACUGUUUUUUAGAUUAUAAUUUUUUAAAAUGGAAAUAUUACAUUUACAUAAGUAUCAGACCCUUUACUCAGUACUUUGUUGAAGCAACUUUGGCAGCGAUUACAGCCUUGAGUCUUCUUGGGUAUGACACUACAAGCUUGGCACACCUGUAUUUGGGGAGUUUCUCCCAUUCUUCUCUGCAGAUCCUCUCAAGCUCUGUCAGGUUGGAUGGGGAGCGUUGCUGCACAGCUAUUUUCAGGUUUCUUCAGAGAUGUUCGAUCGAGUUCAAGUCCGGGCUCAGGCUAGGCCACUCAAGGACAUUCAGAGACUUUUCCCGAAGCCACUCCUGCAUUGUCUUGGCUGUGUGCUUAGGGUCAUUGUCCUGUUGGAAAGUGUACCUUCGCCCCAGUCUGAGAUGCUGAGUGCUCUGGAGCAGGUUUUCAUCAAGGAGCUCUCUGUACUUAGUUCGGUUCAUCUUUGCCUCGAUCCUGUCCCAGUCCCUGCCACUGAAAAACCUCCCCACUGCAUGAUGCUGCCACCACCAUGCUUCACCGUAGGGAUGGUGCCAGAUUUCCUCCAGACAUGACACUUGGCAUUCAGGCCAAAGAGUUCAGUCUUGGUUUCAUCACACCAGAGAAUCUUGUUUCUCAUGGUCUGAGAGCCCUUUAGGUGCCUUUUGGCAAACUCCAAGCGAGCUGUCAUGUAUCUUUUACUGAGGAGUGGCUUCUGUCUGGCCACUCUACCAUAAAGGCCUGAUUGGUGGAGUGCUGCAGAAAUGGUUGUCCUUCUGGAAGGUUCUCCCAUCUCCACAGAGGAACUCUGUAGCUCUGUCAGAGUGACCAUCGGGUUCUUGGUCAUCUCCCUGACCAAGACCCAUCUCCCCCGAUUGCUCAGUUUGGCCGUGCAGCCAGCUCUAGGAAGAGUCUUGGUGGUUCCAAACUUCUUCCAUUUAAGAAUGAUGGAGGCCACUGUGUUCUUGGGGACCUUCAAUGCUGCAGAAAUGUUUUGGUACCCUUCCCCAGAUCUGUGUCUCGACACAAUCCUGUCUCGGAGCUCUACAAACAAUUCCUUCGACCUCAUGGCUUGGUUUUUGUUCUGACAUACACUGUCAACUGUUGGACCUUACAUAGACAGCUCAAUAUCGAGUCUCAUAGCAAAGUGUCUGAAUACUUAUGUAAAUAAGGUAUUUCUGUUUAAUUUUUUUUAUACAUUUGCUAUAAUUUCUAAAAACCUGUUUUCGCUAUGUCAUUAUGGGGUAUUGUGUGUAGAUUGCUGAGGAAAUUUUUUAUUUUAUCAAUUUUAGAAUAAGGCUGUAACUUAAUUAAAUGUGGAAAAAGUCAAGGGGUCUGAAAACUUCCCGAAGGCACUGUAUAAUACAUAUAAUACUAUGUUUUCCAAUAUUAAUUGAUAUAACUCAACAAAUACACCUACCAUGAACCUGUGGUGAAUAAUCUUGAUAAACUCACUGUUUUGUGUGUCCAGGGUGAUACUGUAACUGGAGAGACCACCCAUCAUCCUAGAGAGUCCACCAACAUGAGAACACAGACAGUAGCCUCCUACUUCAGAGUAAGAAAGUCUCACUUUAUCACUUCCUACAUUACUGAGUGGAUAGAUUAUCCCCCAACCCUGGUAGUAUAGCUCUGACUGGUAGUACAGCUCUGUUGAUAAACUGACUUGUAGUACAGCACAUUUGCAUACUGUGACAUGUAAUGUGUACCUACAGUUGAAGUCGGAAGUUUACAUACACCUUAGCCAAAUACAUUUAAACUCAGUUUUUCACAAUUCCUGACAUUUAGUCCUAGUAAAAAUUCCCUGUUUUAGGUCAGUUAGGAUCACCACUUUAUUUUAAGAAUGUGAAAUGUCAGAAUAAUAGUAGAGAGAAUUAUUUCUUUCAGCUUUUAUUUCUUUCAUCACAUUCCCAGUGGGUCAGAAGUUGACAUACACUCAAUUAGUAUUUGGUAGCAUUGCCUUUAAAUUGUUUAACUUGGGUCAAACGUUUCGGGUAGCCUUCUACAAGCUUCCCACAAUAAGUAGGGUGAAUUUUGGCCCAUUCCUCCUGACAGAGAUGGUGUAACUGAGUCAGGUUUGCAGGCCUCCUUGCUCGCACACGCUUUUUCAGUUCUGCCCACAAAUGUUCUAUAGGAUUGAGGUCAGGGCUUUGUGAUGGCCACUCCAAUACCUUGACUUUGUUGUCCUUAAGCAAUUUUGCCACAACAUUGGAAGUAUGCUUGGGGUCAUUGUCCAUUUGGAAGACCCAUUUGCGACCAAGCUUUAACUUCCUGACUGAUGUCUUGAGAUGUUGCUACAAUAUAUCCACAUAAUUUUCCUUCCUCACGAUGCCAUCUAUUUUGUGAAGUGCACCAGUCCCUCCUGCAGCAAAGCACCCCCACAGCAUGAUGCUGCCACCCCGUGCUUCACGGUUGGGAUGGUGUUCUUCGGCUUGCAAGCAACCCCCUUUUUCCUCCAAACAUAACGAUGGUCAUUAUGGCCAAACAGUUCUAUUUUUGUUUCAUCAGACCAGAGGACAUUUCUCCAAAAAGUACGAUCUUUGUCCCCAUGUGCAGUUGCAAACCGUAAUCUGUCUUUUUUAUGGCGGUUUUGGAGCAGUGGCUUCUUCCUUGCUGAGCGGCCUUUCCGGUUAUGUUGAUAUAGGACUCGUUUUACUGUGGAUAUAGAUACUUUUGUACCCAUUUCCUCCAGCAUCUUCACAAGGUCCUUUGCUGUUGUUCUGGGAUUGAUUUGCACUUUGGAAAAAUUGCUCCCAAGGAUGAACCAGACUUGUGGAGGUCUACAAAAAAAAUUCUGAGGUCUUGGCUGAUUUAUUUUGAUUUUCCAAUGUUGUCAAGCAAAGAGGCACUGAGUUUGAAGGUAGGCCUUGAAAUACAUCCACAUGUUCACCUCCAAUUGACUCAAAUGAUGUCAAUUAGCCUAUCAGAAGCUUCUAAAGCCAUGAAAUAAUUUUGUGGAAUUUUCCAAGCUGUUUAAAGGCAAAGUCAACUUAGUGUAUGUAAACUUCUGACACACUGGAAUUGUGAUACAGUGAAUUAUAAGUGAAAUAAUCUGUCUGUAAACAAUUGUUGGAAAAAUGACUUGCCAAAACUAUAGUUGGUUAACAAGAAAUUUGUGGAGGGUUCUAAGUUUAUGUAAACUUCCGACUUCAACUGUAUUUAUCUCCUUGGAGUUGUACCAGUACCCCUGGACAAUCAGAAUAUAUACUGGUUUACAUAAGAAAAGAAAGCAACUAAUGAAAAGAAAGCAACUAAAUAUGUCUUCUCAUACAGGAAUUCAAGAAUAGGCAUUUUGGUCUUAUUCAGGUCUUUACCUGGACACUAGUUUUAAGUGGAUGCUUAAGGUAAACUACUCACUUCCUGCCUCUUCAUUCACCAGUAUUCCCUAAUGGACCUGCUGUCCAAGAUGGUAGCGGGACAGCCCCACUUUGUGCGUUGCAUCAAGCCCAACAAUGACCGGCAGGCCAGUAAGUUUGACAGGGAGAAGGUGCUGGUGCAGCUGCGCUACACUGGCGUCCUGGAGACAGCUAAGAUCCGCCGACAGGGCUACUCUCACCGCAUCCUCUACACCAACUUCGUCAAGAGGUUGGUGAUCCUAAUCAUAGAAAAGACUCCAUAGGCUCCCACUUAUUGCUUAUGAAUGACAAGAAGAAUGGAAAACUCCUUUUGAGGUUUUUAGGCUAAUAGUGUGCCGAAAUGGUUUGGUAAGUCUAGUAUUGGUUGUUGCAGGUACUACAUACUGGCUUUCCGUGCGCACAAGGAGCCGGAUGCAAGCCCAGAGACUUGUGCAGCUAUAUUGGAAAAAGCCAAACUGGAAAAUUGGGUCCUGGGCAAAACUAAAGUAAGGUCACAUUCAUGGAGUAUUUUGGAGUAAAAUGUAAAUGACUAGACAAAUCUCAUGGAGAGUAUGACUGAGUCUACAUCCUUUGAUUGUGUUUCCAUGUGGUGUCUCUCAGGUGUUUCUGAAGUACUACCAUGUGGAGACCCUAAACCUGAUGGUGAGGCAGACCACAGACCGCAUCGUUCUGGUCCAGGCCUACGUCCGGGGCUGGCUGGGGGCCAAACACUACCGCAAAAUACUGGAGAAGAGAGCACAGAGCGCUGUGGCCAUACAAUCAGGUCAGUACAUGGUCACUUUGACCUUACCACCAUAGUGGAACCAAAACUGUCCCGGUUCCUUUUAAACGUGUGCAAAAACUUUAAGUUCUUUAUUAUCAUAAACAAUAGUUGAUAUCUGUAUGUUAAUGAUUUGUCUCUAAUAUAUCGUCCACCAGCGUACAGAGGACAUCAAGUACGGAGGAGAUGUGCUGAUGAUAAAUUAAGCAAAGCCAAGUUUGAGACCUUCAUCAUCCAGUUACAGGCUGGUGAGGAGACCAUUAUGCCACUUCAUCAUUGUUUUCUAAGAUCGGUUUGUUCAUGUUCAGAGGAUACAUAGUACGUUUAGUGUAGUUUGAACUUGUACCAUCCUCUUCUGCAGUUUGCCGAGGUUACCUCGCCAAGAAGAAGUACAAGGAGUUGAUGGAAGAAAAAAAUAAAGCUGCAGCUAAGAUUCAGGCACAUUAUAGAGGACACAGGGAGAGGAAGAGUUUCAAAAAGAAAAGGUAAGGACAACCAUAGAUGGAUCUGCACAAAAAAUAUAGUCAUAGUAAAAUGUAGGAAAGUAGAUCUAGAACUUUUUAAACAUUAUGAAGUUAAUGUUUUAUUGAGUAGAAAUUGUAUAUUUAAGCAAUAAGGGCUGUUCUUAUGUACGACGCAACGUGGAGUGCCUGGACACAGCCCUUAGCCAUGGUAUAUUGGCCAUAUACCACAAACCCCCGAGGUGACUUAUUGCUAUUAUAAACUGGUUACCAACGUAAUUAGAGCAGUAAAAAUACAUGUUUUGUCAUACUUGUGGUAUACGUUCUGAUAUACCACUGCUUUCAGCCAAUAAACAUUCAGGGCUCGAACCACCCAGUUUAUAAUUAGUAUUUUACUAUUUAUUAGGAUCCACAUUAGCUGCUGACAUGGCAGGAGCUACUCUUCAUAUAAACAUAUAUAUAGAGUAUACCCCCAUAGUUGUUCCAGAUCAUAAACAUUUUACACUGAGUUUGAUUCUGUUCAGAGCAAAAUCAACUGUAUUCUCUUUAGGGAGGCCAUUGAAAAAGACAGGAUAGAGAAAGAGAGGAUCGAAGCUGCCAAACUGGAGGAGGAAGAGAUGGCCAAAUCCGCUGUGGUCCUUCAGAGUAACUACAGAGGCUACAAGGAGAGAAAGAAACUCAGGGAGCGCCACAAGACACUGUCUGGAGACGAGUUGAGAUUAAGGUCACCCUCGCCUGUAGAGGUGGAGCCUGCUAUUAUGGAGGAGGACGAAGAGGAGGAGCAGGAGGACAUGAAAGAGGUUGCAGUGGAAGAAGAAAAGGAGGAAGGGUUGACCGAAGUAGCGGAGGAGGAGGAAGAGGAUGAAGACACGGCCAAGGCGGAAGAGGACGACGACGAUGAGCUAACGGAAGUGGGUGAAGAGCUGGUGGACGAGGAAGACACAGAAGUUGACGAGCAACAGAAUACAGAGCCCGCAGAAGGGGAGGAGGUUAACCCAGAACAGGAAGCUAAGGCAGCUACAGUUCUCCAGAGCAACUUCAGGGGCCACAAAGAGAGGAAGAGGCUGGUUGAAGAAGGCAAGAUCCCAGCAAGGAAACAGAGAGUGAUGAGCCCAACUGAAGACGAGACCACAAAGGUAGAAGGUAUGUCAAAACCAGAAGGAAGGUCAAAGGUUCCAGAGGAAGUGGCCGUGUCUGCAGGUGUGGAGGAGAAGGAAGAAGUAGAUGAGGCCAAGGCAGCUACGGUCAUCCAAAGUAACUUCCGUGGCCACAAGGAGCGCAAACGCCUGCAGGAGGAAGGAAAAAUCCCCAAGAAAAAGAAGACGAAAGAGGCCAAAGAACAACCCAAACGAGAACUUGUCCAGACACAGGAGCCAACGCUAGAACCCCAACCAGAGCCGUCCACCGCAAGCCAGACCGAGCCAGACGAGGAAAAAGCUGCCACCGUUCUGCAGAGCAAUUUCAGAGGACACCGGGAUAGAAAGAAAUUCAAGGAGGAGAGAGAACGGGUCAAAAGGAGCAAGGAGGAACCCAUGGUUGAGGAACAGGAGGAAGGGUUGAAUGUUGAGGACAGGGUUGUGGACCUCACCGAUGUAGAGCUGGUUCGCAUAGAGGAGACAGAGUCUCAGGGAGGGGAUAGGUAUGACGAGGAGCAGGCAGCGGUGAAGAUCCAGAGCCAGUUCAGGGGCUACAAGGACAGGAAGAACCUGAAGGCCACCAAGGCCACAGCCCAGAGAGAUACGGAGGAACUGGAGGUCUUUUCUAAAGAGGUAAUCUAGUACUAACCCACUUGAUGUGUCUGCCAACGGCUUUUCUUGGGGUUCUGAACCCCCAACUAUUUGAUUAUAUGUAUCAUUUGUCCAUUGUCUAUACAACAGGUCACUAAGUCUUCCCAGAACUACAUGAGCCUCCAGCAGAAGCUGAACGAGAUCAUCCUGGCCCACCAGAUAAACCCAGCCAAUAACAGCAUGUUUGUCAAAGGGCAGGCAGUCAAUGGCUUUGCUGUCAACCAUCAGCAAUCAGGUAAGUGUCUGACUUGUGUGAAAACCACAAGACAUUGCACAUAGCAAAGAAACGACAAAUGUACCGUUGAGUACAGACAUGGAUGAAAUUAAAUACAUUUGAAAAGAAGUCAAUAAAAAUACUGUAGACUGGUUUUAUACAAAAACCAACUGGAAGUACUAUGUGUGAUCCCGAGUCACUCAGGCAGUAUUGAGUAUAAUGACCAUUCUGAAGAAGCAAUCGAAUCCUUCUUUUCUGGUCUAUCCAUCUUUCCAGUGGGCUCCUGGCUCGUCUACUUGGUCAAACAGCUCCAAGACUAUCCCUCACAGACAGAGAGCUGAAUAGAGUUCACUGACACUCAUUGAAAUAAUAGGGGCGGCAGGUAGCUUAGUGGUUAAGAGCGUUGUGCCAGUAAUCGAAAGGUCGCUGGUUCUAAUCCCCGAGCCAACUAGGUGAAAAAUCUGUCCAUGUGCCCUUGAGCAAGGCACUUAACCCUAAUUGCUCCUGUAAGUCGCUCUGGAUAAGAGCGUCUGCUAAAUGACCUAUUAUUAUUUAUAAUUAUUAUAAAUAAGACUGAGUGCACCUGCAAAUAGUCUUUACCUCCAUAACCAACUCCUUCUUGGGUUGUAAAGAGACCUUAUGACCAGGCACAUGCCACCCAUCUUCAAUUAACUUAAGGCUUUAGUGUUUCUUUGAGUGUCAGUUUGGCCCUAUAGACUACACAAUAUGUGGUAUGUGUUCUCAAACACCUUUCAAGUAUUUGAAUUUUCCGAAGCAGCUUUCUCAAUAUGUACAGUACACAGACAUUAUGGUGUUCUUUUAAUGUCUUGUGUAAUUUCUCCUUUUUGUGAUCUCAUUCACCUAUUUCAUGAGCUAUUUUCAGCCUAUCCUCAGUCAUCCCUGCCUCAGGAGCGAAACAAGAUGGUGAAAAAGAAGGCACAUCUUUUGUUAUGUCUCCGCUUCGCAGUAGCUGAUAAUUUAAUCAGCAGACAAAGUUCUAUUUUCUCUCUCAUUCAGGCUCGAUUGUAUCUGAAAAACCUGGGGAUGUCAAGUGCCAAAACCGGAAAGCGGUUCUCGACACGAUGCGUCAUCAAAAAAUGUAUUUGAUUCCCACCGGUGAUAUGUGUAAUUGCUUUGAAAUCAUGAGCAAGGGAGCUGGCAGAGUGAAAGUUCAGCAUCUCAGUGCUUGGUGUGUCAAAUCCAUCUGGCAGCUGAAAUGUUAUUAUCAUCAUAAGUUUACCAGGUGUCCGGAAGAAAUAUCAUUAUUGUGUCACCCAUGAUUUGUUUUUAUUGGUUAGUGUCAUGACUUUCUCAUAUUGGAUUGUGAGAGAGGCAAGCCUAGAACACAAUUGGUAACCGUGUAUCAAAUAUGCAUUUUCUGAAUGUGAGAUAUACACUAUAUUAGUACAAUAACAACUCACCACAACAACAAAAUCCAAACUGCAAUCUCAAAGACUUGGGAUGCCUGGUAGGUGCCCUUUACAAGGUGUUCUUAAGAGCAACACAUUGCCUGAGGAGCAUAAUUAAUUUCCAGUGUUAUUUCCAGAGACAUUUUCUCCUCCAAAAUGUCUUCAUUGAUUUGGUCCAAUAAUAAGCUGUCCUCAUACCUCGCUACAUUUCAAUUAAAAUCCUAAUUUUUUAUAUGCAGAAAGACAUUUGGGGACAUUUCUUAGAAUGCCAAUCAUAUUUCACUUCAUGGAAAAGGUCAUUAAAUGCUAAUCACGUUUCAUAAGGCACUGCUGUGGCAAUUACAACAACCAUUAAUAUGGGGAUUUCAAAUGAGCUUUUCUCCUUUGAGCAAUACAGAAUCACUGACGACCUUUAAAUAGACAGGUUCAAUAAUAUGAAAAACUAUGACAAACCAUGCAUGAAAUACAGCCUUUACCUUACAUACUGUAUCCAUAUGCACACAUACACAUAUUACAUUCAAUACAUUACUGAGAGCUAUAGGUCACCAUAAUAUGGGACACAGUGGAGGCUGCUGAGGGGAGCACAGCUCAUAAUAAUCUCUGUAACGGAGCACAUGGAAUGGCACCUGGAAACCAUGUGUUUGAUGUAAUUGAUACCAUUGCACUUAUUCCACUACAGCCAUUACCAUGAGCCCGUGCUCCCCAAUGAAGGUGCCACCAUCCUCCUGUGAUGGAACACUAUCUGGCAGGGAUAGGAAUAUCUGAUCGAUCUCUGUAGGAAAAUUCUAAAGGGUCAGGGGGUCAGCCUGAUGGCCUGUUCACACCCGAUAGCCUCUCCAGUAAUCAUACGCCCAGUCAUACAGCCUCUCCAGUAAGUCAUUAGAAAAACAGGGUCAAAUAUAACAGCCUAAGGCAAGUUUCCAUACAGCUCUGUAGGCCAAAUAUCAUCCUCAAGUUAUAAGACAGUAGGCUACAUAGCAACCAAAGCCCAUGAGGUUAGCUUAACUGCAUAAUGUAGGCUUAAGAUUUUUGGGGACAUUUAAGCUUGUAAAAUGCCUAAAAUUCUUAAAACGUAAAGUCCUACUCCAGUCUCCUUUUCAGCUCAUUUAUCACCUGAUUUACUUAACAAAAGAUCCAUCUCAAUAGGUGGUCCAUUUUGCUCAGAAUGUAUUUUUUACCCUUUAAUGUGUGUACUUUAUUGUAUUUAUACUUAGGAUAACGAUUUUCAACAGUAAAAGUUACAAACUCUUUAAGUCUUUGGUAGAAUAGAAUCACCUGAAUCCACCAUUUUUAAAAUGCCCUUCCAUUUCAACAUUAUUUCCAGGUAAUAUUCUCUUCUGGUAUUGUUACAAUUGUAGCAACGUUUGUAAAAUAAAAUAAAAUAAAAUAAAAUUGUAUUUGCCACAUGCGCCGAAUACAACAGGUGUAGACAUUACCGUGAAAUGCUUACUUACAGCCCAUAACCAACAAUGCAUUUAUUUCUUAAUAAAAAGUAAAAAAAACAACAACAACAAAAAAAGUGUUGAGAAAAAAAGAGCAGAAGUAAAAUAAAAGAACAGUAGGGAGGCUAUAUACAGGGGGGUACCGGUGCAGAGUCAAUGUGCAGGGGCACCGGCUAGUUGAGGUAGUUGAGGUAAUAUGUACAUGUGGGUAGAGUUAAAGUGACUAUGCAUAAAUAAUUAACAGAGUAGCAGCAGCGUAAAAAGAUGGGGUGGGGGUGGGGGGGCAGUGCAAAUAGUCAGGGUAGCCAUGAUUAGCUGUUCAGGAGUCUUAUGGCUUGGGGGUAGAAGCUGUUGAGAAGCCUUUUGGACCUAGACUUGGCGCUCCGGUACCGCUUGCCGUGCGGUAGCAGAGAGAACAGUCUAUGACUAGGGUGGCUGGAGUCUUUGACAAUUUUGUGGGCCUUCCUCUGACACCGCCUGGUAUAGAGGUCCUGGAUGGCAGGAAGCUUGGCCCCAGUGAUGUACUGGGCCGUACGCACUACCCUCUGUAGUGCCUUGCGGUCGGAGGCCGAGCAGUUGUCAUACCAGGCAGUGAUGCAACCAGUCAGGAUGCUCUCGAUGGUGCAGCUGUAUAACUUUUUGAGGAUCUGAGGACCCAUACCAAAUCUUUUCAGUCUCCUGAGGGGGAAUAUGCUUUGUCGUGCCCUCUUCACGACUGUCUUGUUGUGUUUGGACCAUGAUAGUUUGUUGGUGAUGUGGACACCAAGGAACUUGAAGCUCUCAACCUGUUCCACUACAGCCCCGUCAAUGAGAAUGGGGGUGUGCUCAGUCCUCUUUUUUUCCCUGUAGUCCACAAUCAUCUCCUUUGUCUUGGUCACGUUGAGGGAGAGGUUGUUAUCCUGGCACCACACGGCCAGGUCUCUGACCUCCUCCCUAUAGGCUGUCUCAUCGUUGUCGGUGAUCAGGCCUACCACUGUUGUGUCGUCGGCAAACUUAAUGGUGUUGGAGUCGUGCCUGGCCAUGCAGUCAUGGGUGAACAGGGAGUACAGGAGGGGACUGAGCACGCACCCCUGAGGGGCCCCCGUGUUGAGGAUCAGCAUGGCAGAUGUGUUGUUACCUACCCUUACCACCUGGGGGCAGCCCGUCAGGAAGUCCAGGAUCCAGUUGCAGAGGGAGGCGUUUAGUCCCAGGAUCCUUAGCUUAGUGAUGAGCUUUGAGGGCACUAUGGUAUUUGAGGGCACAGUGACUCCCGAGUGGCGCAGUGGUCUAAGGCACUGCAUCGCAGUGCUAGCUGUGCCACUAGAGAUCCUGGUUCGAGUCCAGGCUCUGUCGCAGCCGGCCGCAACCGGGAGACCCAUGGGCGGCGCACAAUUGGUCCAGCGUCGUCCAAGGUAGGGGAGGGUUUGGCCGGCAGGGAUGUGGGUUCGUUUCCCACGGGGGGCCAGUAUGAAUUUUUUUUACAUAUGCAUUCACUAACUGUAAGUUGCUCUGGAUAAGAGCGUCUGCUAAAUGACUAAAAUGUAUGUGUUGAAUGCUGAGCUGUAGUCAAUGAAUAACAUUCUCACGUAGGUGUUCCUCUUGUCCAGGUGGGAAAGGGCAGUGUGGAGUGCAAUAGAGAUUGCAUCAUCUGUGGAUCUGUUGGAGCGGUAUGCAAAUUGGAGUGGGUCUAGGGUUUCUGGGAUAAUGGUGUUGAUGUGAGCCAUGACCAGCCUUUCAAAGCCCUUCAUGGCUACAGAUGUCUGUGCUACGGGUCGGUAGUCAUUUAGGCAGGUUAUCUUAGUGUCCUUGGGCACGGGGACUAUGGUGGUCUGCUUGAAACAUGUUGGUAUGCUCUUCAAUCGAUUGCUGCUGGCACCCGCCCACCCGACUAGAAUCACUACUCUCGACGUGUCUGACCUAGAGUAUGUGGACAACUACAAAUACCUAUGUGUCUGGUUAGACUGUAAACUCUCCUUCCAGACUCACAUUAAGAAUCUCCAAUCCAAAGUUAAAUCUAGAAUCGGUUUCCUAUUUCGCAACAAAGCCUCCUUCACUCAUGCUGCCAAACAUGCCCUCGUAAAACUGACUAUCCUACCGAUCCUUGACUUCGGCGAUGUCAUUUACAAAAUAGCCUCCAACACUCUACUCAGUAAAUUGGAUGUAGUCUAUCACAGUGCCAUCCGUUUUGUCUCCAAAGCCCCAUAUACUACCCACCACUGUGACCUAUACGCUCUUGUUGGCUGGUCCUCACUACACAUUCGUCGCCAAACCCACUGGCUCCAGGCCAUCUAUAAAUCAUUGCUAGGCAAAUCCCCUCCUUAUCUUAGCUCAUUGGUCACCAUAGCAACACCCACCCGUAGUAUGCGCUCCAGCAGGUAUAUCUCACUGGUCAUCCCCAAAGCCAAGACCUCCUUUGGCCACCAUUCCUUCCAGUUCUCUGCUGCCAAUGACUGGAACAAAUUGCAAAAAUCUCUGAAGCUGGAGACUCUUAUCUCCCUCACUAACUUUAAGCAUCAGUUGUCAGAGCACCUUACCGAUCACUGCACCUGUACACAGCCCAUCUGAAAUUAGCCCACCCAACUACCUCAUCCCUAUAUUCUUAUUUAUUUUGCUCAUUUGCACCCCAGUAUCUCUAUUUGCACAUCAUCUCUUGCACAUCUAUCAUUCCAGUGUUAAUACUAAUUGUAAUUAUUUUGCACUAUAGCCUACUUAUUGCCUUACCACCAUAACUUGCUACAUUUGCACACACUGUAUAUAUAUUUUGUGUUGUAUUUGUCACGGUUUCGGCCGAGGCUGCUCCUCCUCCUUGUUCGGGCAGGCUUCGGCGGUCGUCGUCCCCGGAGUACUAGCUAUCACCGUUUGAUGUUUUCGAUUUCUGUUUGGUUUUGUCUGAUUGUGUACACCUGUUUCCUGUUUGGUUGAUUAUGUCUCCUAUAAGUUUCUUGUUUGGUUAGUCUUGUGUUGUGUGUUAUUGUCCGUAGGUGCUGCGAGUUUCUGCUCUGUUUAUUUGUUUUGGUGUUUUUACGCACAGUUUGCGAAAUCACUCGCCUCUGUUUGUUCGAGGCCCGUAUUUUGUAUUUUGUCACGUUAUGACAAGUAAAGUCUGUUGGACUAAGCCUCUGUGUCCUGCGCCUGACUCCUACACCACAUCUACAUCAGCUCCUGACAGAAGAUACCACCACGACUGGGUCAAGCAGCGUGAUGAGGAGAGAGGUUGGAAUUGGGAGCAGUGGAGUGAGAGUUGGGCGAGAACCAUGGAGGCCUGGUCCACGGGGGAGAGACAAGCCCAGACAUUUUUUAGGGGGGGGCUCACGCCGUGGACGACGGGGCAGCAGGAGUACGGGAUAGAGUGGUUCAGAGGAUUGGCAGAGGAGGCCGCCAGGUUACGGGAGUUACUGGACACCAGGGGGAAGGAGAAUGUAGAGGCACGGCGAGAGGUACUGGGGUGUGUUGCCAGUCCGGUCCGGCCCGUUCAUGAUCCCCGCGUAGGGCCAGUGGCGUGUGUCCCCAGUACGGUCCGGCCUGUUCCUGUCUCUCGCACCGAGCCUGUGGUGCGCGUCGCCAGCCCGGUCCGGCCUGUUCCUGUCCCUCGCACCAAGGCUGUGGUGCGCGUCGCCAGCCUGGUCCGGCCUGUUCCUGCCCCUCGCACCAAACCAGUGGUGCGCGUCGCCAGCCCGGUUCGGCCUGUUCCUGCCCCUCGCACCAAGCCAGUGGUGCGCGUCGCCAGCCCGGUUCGGCCUGUUCCUGCCCCUCGCACCAAGCCAGUGGUGCGCGUCGCCAGCCCGGUCCGGCCCGUUCCUGCUCCCCGCACCAAGCCAGUGGUGCGCGUCGCCAGCCCGGUCCGGCCCGUUCCUGCUCCCCGCACUAAACCUGUGGUGCGCGUCGUCAGCCCGGUCCGGCCCGUUCCUGCUCCCCGCACCAAGCCAGUGGUGCGCGUCGUCAGCCCGGUCCGGCCUGUUCCUGAUCCCUGCACCAAGCCAGUGGUGCGCGUCGUCUGUCCGGCACAGCCCGUGCCUGUUCCACCGGUGCCUGGUCCGGCACCGGUCAGCUGCUCCACUCCGGAGCUAGAGCAAUCCGCUCCACCAGUAUUCAGUCCAGCUCCGGCCAGCAGGGCCAGACCGGACCAGGGGCGCUUUGGGGGGUUAGAGAGGGAGUGGGGGUCAUGCCCGGAACCGGAUCCGCUGCCGAGGCGGAGUGCCCACCCGGUCGCUCCCCUGUUGUGUUUGGUUGGCGCGGUUGGAGUCCGCGCCUUUGGGGGGGGGGUACUGUCACGCCCUGGCUCUGGGGAGUCUCAUAUGUUGAGCCAGGGUGUUAGUUUCUAUGUUUUUGUGUUCUAGGUUGUGUCGCUUCUAGUUUGGUAUUUCUAUGUUGGCCAGGGUGGUUCCCAAUCAGAGACGGCUGUAGCUCGUUGUCUCUGAUUGGGAGCCAUACUUAGGUAGCCGUUUGGCAUUUGUUUAAUGUAGUAUCUUGUUCCUUUUGGUUUGUGUAACCGUAGGACUUCACGUUUCGUAUCGUUUGUUGUUUUGUUCGUUGUGUGUACACUGAAAUAAAUAUGUACGCAUAUCACGCUGCGCCUUGGCCCGCUUCUUCUCAAGACGAUCGUGACAGUAUUUUUGACUUUAUGUUUUGUUUUACCCCAUAUGUAACUCUGGGUUGUUGUUUUUAUCGCACUGCUUUGCUUUAUCUUGGCCAGAACUUGUUCUCAACUGGCUUACCUGGUUAAAUAAAGGUGAAAAAAUAAAAUUAAUAAAAAAUAAAAAAAUAUUACAGACUCAGUCAGGGACAUGUUGAAAAUGUCGGUGAAGACACUUGCCAGUUGGUCAGCACAUGCUCAGAGUACACGUUCUGGUAAUCCGUUUGGCCCUGCGGCCUUGUGAAUGUUGACCUGCUUAAAAGUCUUACUCACAUCGGCUACGGAGAGCGUGAUCACAUAGUCAUCCGGAAACAGCUGGUGCUCUCAUGCAUGCUUCAGUGUUGCUUGCCUCGAAGCGAGCAUAAAAGUGGUUUAGCUUGUCUGGUAGGCUUGUGUCACUGGGCAGUUCGCGGCUGUGCUUCCCUUUGUAGUCUGUAAUAGUUUUCAAGCCCAGCCACAUCCGAUGAGCGUCAGAGCCGGUGUAGUACUGUAUUCUUAGUCCUGUAUUGACUCUUUGCCUGUUUGAUGGUUCGUCUGAGGGCAUAGCGGGAUUUCUUAUAAGCGUCCGGGUUAGAGUCCCGCUCCUUGAAAGCGGCAGCUCUACCCUUUAGCUCAGUGCAGAUGUUGCCUGUAAUCCAUGGCUUCUGGUUGGGGUAUGUACGUACGGUCACUGUGGGGACGACAUCAUCGAUGCACUUAUUGUCCUCUUCGAAGCUAUGUUUAAAGGCAGUGGUUGAACAUUAGAGAAACCCUGUUGUGCAGAAUAGUGUGAAGUGGAUUAGAGUUAUCCAGCAGGGGAGUCAUUGUGCGCUCUCGCUGCCCUCAGGGGGUCAAUCGCCUCCUCAUGGUAGUCUUUUGGCAGCCAUUUUCUCAAGCAUAAUAUGGAAAAGCAGUUUUCACUCCGUUCCUGUGUAAAAAAACAUAAACACCCAAAAUGUCUCUGUUUAUUACAUAGCACUCUUUUAAAAAUGAUUAACCAGGGAUUUGUUGAGUACACUUUUGAUAAAUACUGUAGAUAUAAAUGAAAAACCUGCAUAACAAUACACCUAUGUCUACUUUCUCUAGCUACUUGACCAUCAAAGCAUUAUAGCUGAUGUGGGUCUUUUUGUUGUUGUGAUGUUUCAGUCGAUCUGAAAGUGUGUCGGACGCCUCGCAGAACCCAACAGCCAAAGACGCUCAACACCCCUGAGGACUCUACAUACUACAACCUCAUCCAUGUGAGUCUGACUCCAUCCAUACAG